GAUGGCGGUUUGGGGGUGUUGAUGAGUAAAAUAAAUGCAGGACUUUAAUCCAAGAGACGGCGGUCAAGGUUGGUUCAUUUUUAUUGCCUCUGUUAUGUAACUCAGCAUCAAUCGAUGACUAUCAAUUAUGCUCCAUCAUUCACACAUAUAAGGUAAAUUUAAUGCAAUUUAAGUAGAUUGAGAUUGUGGCUGUGAUGUUCACAUCAUGGCACUUUAAGAGUCUUGUCAUUUUUUAUUAUUUUUAUAUUUAUUUUUUGUUUUAAAUCUCCUGUAAGGAACUUUAUGUUUGAGCUGUUUUUUGUGUCCCUGUGACAAAGCAGUCUUAGCUAACAUUGUUCUCUACAUGCAUGAAUAGUAUCUUUUAACCAAAAAUAAAUAAAACUCAUCCUGCUGACUUUAAACUGUCAAAUGUGUCAUUUAUUCAGACUAUUUGUGGAAAAUGUAAAAACAGGGCUGUUUCUUCAGCUGCUCAGCUGACACCUACCCCCUCACAGCAGUUUUAGGAUGAAAACUUUUGACAUAAAAAUCUUCAACCUUGUUGCCGAUGGUCUUUUUUGCUUUUGGGUAUUGUGCAUGAACAUGAAUUUCAGUCUAUUUCAUCAACAUCCCAAAACUCCUUAUAGGAGUUUUAACCUGGUCAGUCUUAAGCUUAUAACAGCACUGGGAAAUGUGAAUACAGGUUUUUCUUUCUGUGUUUGGCAUUUCAAUUAUUUCCUUAAGGUUGAUUGGUUCUUUAAGAGGACACAUGCCUCCAUGACAGGGCCACCCCAAGACUAUAUGGGCCCCAGAGUCAUACAAACCAAUCCUGAUUUCCUCCUGUAUUCUCUAGCCAUCUCCUGCCUCCUUCCAAUUUUGUUGUGUCUCCCAGAAAACCCACAAGAUUUUGAGGCCCCAGAUGUGUAAAUGCUCAACCAUUUACACAUCUUCAGUAAAUUUCACACACCCGUUAUCAAUUCUAGUAGAUUAUAGCUGCUGCAUACGACGCAGCAAUCUCAGGCUCAUGUUUGUUUUCAUAUUCUUUUAAUUUUUGUGUUUAAAGCAAGAAAACUCAAGGGUGGUUUGUACUGAAAACAACAACUUUCCUUCAUUUUAAAUAAUUUGGUGAGUACAGAGCAGCAGCAUAUAUUGUAAUAUGGUACCUAGCUAGGGUUUAGACCAGUCAAUAAAGGUUUGUGGUUUGUGUCAUGUUGGCGCCCCCUGUGGACAAAGACAUCUCUACUGAUUUUACAAUGGAUUAAAUUAGAUAAAAUAAAAUCACAUUAGAUUACAUGAGAUUAGAUAAAAUUACAUUCAAUUACUUUAGAUUAGACAAGAUUACAUUAGAUAAGAAUGAUUUGAUUAGAUAAAAUCAGAUUAGAUUAGAUUAGAUUAGAUUAGAUUAGAUUAGAUUAGAUUAAAUGAGAUUAGAUUAGAUUUGAUGGAACUUUAUUGAUCUUUUUGGAAAGGUUUCCUUUAGGUAAAUUGAAAAUGUUGUUCCUUUCUACAGUGUUACAAGAGAGCAGUAAACCCCUGUAAUGUCUGUAAAUCCUGCUUAUUUCUGAAAAACAACCAUAAAGAACCUAAAUUUAAGAGAUUUUGUUGUUUUAUUGACUGGUUAUGCCGUGGUUGACAUGCAGUCUCAGUGAAAAUCUAACUGUUUCAUGAUUUAAAGGUAUAUUUUCAUUUGAGGAAACUCAAGCUAAUACACCAAAUAUCUGAAAGUGUAUUAAAUACCCAAUAAACAUGAGUCCAUGUGUCCUGAUAUUGCGUUUUGCGGUCAGACAGCACACUACAGGCAGUUGAGAUUUAUCCCCUGUGUGAUGACACAAGAGGUCAUCCAAACCCUCAAGUUUGUUUGUACAAACCUACCUGGUUUGGAAUGGGGGAGUCAGUAAACAGGUAGAAAUGCUACAAAUAGAAUCCUGCCACUUAAGAAUAUAGUCUUGAGGGAGGGCAGCUUGUUCCCGGGUCUGCGUCAGCACUGACCUUUUUGCUGUUUGCUGAAGGGAUUUGAUUUCACCCCAAACUCUCUCACUUUCCCUUUUUUUCAUCACUCACACUUUAGCCAUCUGAAAGGUAUAAAAUGGCAGUUUUGUCCAUGAAGGAGAAGCUGUGGUAGUUUAUUCAUGAGCCAAGUGAUACCACACCAACGAUAAGCUGAUUCUAGCAGAGAAAUGUUGGGCAUUUCUCUUUGAAAUGUUGUUUGCAUCCUGCCAAACACCUCAUCGAGCAAGCGUGCAUACUUUCAUAUAUACAUACAGAUAAAUAUGCAUCUCACAGGUGAGUCAGAGGUCAGGACCAGAACAAAACCUUGAUUCACUUGAUGAGGCACAGUUCAACAGUGUAGAAACUCUUUAAAAUCCUCAACUUUCUGAAAUAUGUAUCUCUGCCUAUUACCCUCCCAAGCUUUGAGCCAUUGCUAAAACAUAUUUACACUUCUACUCCCGCUGGGUACUUACAAACUAUAAAUAUCCCUAACUGUGUGCUGGACGCAGACCUCAACAUCUCACGCUUUCCACUAUUCAUUGUCGACUAAGGUUUUGAGUCUUUAUGCACCAACAGCAGCCUCUGCUGGCAUAACAUAGGUACUCCCACCUCUAUUGCUGGAUCUUGCUGGGAUGUAAAUUAAAGUUUGUGUCAGAAGAUUGACAAGAAUAAAGGCUGAAAAAAAACUUUUAACUUCCUGAAGGCUUUUUUUUCUGUUAGGCUGUUUAGAAAGAUAAAGAAAGACACACCACUUCUCAAACAAAGCUGAAAAGCAGUUAUUUUUGUGGUGUCCGGUGUGGCUUCUGUGUUUGAGAGAUAAUCUGACAUCAGGCUAGCUUCGAAAGGGGAGGGGGUAUCUGCAUGUUUAACGUGUCAUGUUUGCUUUCACUUAUUUUGCGAUGUAAUCCAGCUCUGAGCGUAUUUUCUUAAUUUACUUUUUUAGCAGUUUUUAUACAGACCUGAGCUAAAACCAUGGGUCAUUUCGGAUUAGCUUUAGUCCAAACAUCUGCUCUGUUUCAAAAUUUGAGAAAUGAUCUGUUAGAUAUCAGGGAUGCUGGAGUUCUCAACAUAUUAUUGAACCAUAUAAUACAUGCAUUCAUCAAAGCGAAAUAAGAAAAAAGGGCAUCUGCUGUAUGCUGGGGGCAUCAGCACACAGGUAGUUUGACUAAAGAAGGUUUUUCAUUUUACAUUGAGAAAAAACUUAACCCGAUAAUUAUAAUUUAAUGCCCAAGCACCAGGAUAAGGAGGUAACUCCUCUUGGGAAUAGAUAUCUAAGAAAUAUGUGCUGCACUAUACUGCAGGCAGUCUCUUUUGUCACCUUCAAUAAAUGACAGAAUAUAGCCUCAAGAUCUAAAAGCACUGGCCUACUCACCGUACAGAUAAGGGGAACUGUCUACUGUUUUGAUUGGUAUUGGCUUUUCAUCUUCAACCCUUGAAUUAUGAGACAUAACCACUUUUUUAGAUGUAUUUGGAUUUUUAUAGUAUUCUAUUUGGGUCAAUACAGUCAGCUAAAGUUAGAUAAGGCAUAGUGGCUGAAACUGAGCAGGUAAAGUUAGCCAAGCUAGAGAUAAUGUAGGCUAUAUUUACAGGAUAAAUGUUGCUCAUGUAGCUGAAACUGUCUAAGGGAACAUAUGGUACAUAACAGCGUGUUGCAGAUUGAGAGUGUAGGAGUUCUGACAGACUGUCCUUGUGCAGAUACCAGUGGGUUUAUUUCAUGAGGGAUCCUGCUUUUACAGACACUUCCCCUUUCAUAUAUAGUAAAACACACAAAAUAUCACUAAAAUAAUAGGCACCUCCUCAUCUAGGUAUAAACGGAUCUAACCUUUUUCUUCUCUGGUCAGAUAAAGUCUUGUUUGCCUUGUUAAAGUCAUGUGAUUCCAGUAUCUCAAACAAUACAGUUUGCACGCUAAAGCACAAAUAUGUAUUUUGAAAGCACUCUAACAGUGAAACACAUCCUGAAUAACUUUUCUGAUACUCUAAUAAACUAACAUUAUUGUGAAUAGUUAUUGACCUAGACAAGCAAGAAAGAUAACAAAUCAGAUUACCAAAGUAAGGCUCACUUUCCUGCACCUCUUUACUUUGAGGAGUAAACAGGAGUCACAGGGUGUUUCAGGUCUCACAACUUACACCCUUGCCCAGGUGACCUGAACAGGGUUGAUCAAGCCCUGACCUGCGUCCCAGCAGAUCAGCCCUCUUUAUCCGAAGUCACUGAUGCCUCACCGCUUUGUGGCUUUCUUUGCAGCUUCGCUUACAGAUUGGAUGGCCCUCCUUAUGGCUGCCCCUGUCACACACAGCCAUGAGAGGACUCUGUAGAGUGACUGGCUGGAAAACCUUCUAUGAGCCCAUAGCUGGCUUCCUCUAUUAUAUUCCUUUGUUCUGAUCAGUUAUUGGGAGGACUGUAAUGUUAACUGAUUCUUUGGUUACCUCAUUCACAUAUCCUGCACUCCAGCUUGUCAUUAAUCCUCCACCUUGAUUGGAGUUCACCCGGCAGGAUGACCCAGAGAGGAGGUCCAUUUACACCAUUUCACAUACAAAGAAGCACAGAACUUCUUCUUCUUCUUCGUCUUCGUCUUCUUCUUCUUCUUCUUCUUCUUCUUCUUCGUCUUCUUCUUCUUCUUCUGUCAAAUGUGUAAUUUAUUCUGAAUAUUUGGUUUGAACAGGCCCUUGUUUAUUCAGCUGCUUGGCUGACACCUCACCCCCUUGCAUCAAUUUGAGACAUUAAAAAUUUCAAUUACAAUUUGCAUGUCAUGAUUAAAAGCAUCAAUAUGAAUUCCAGUGUAUUUUAUAAGGAUCAAAUAACUCCUCACAGGAGAAGAAGUCAUUUUAUUUGGUGAAAUGUUCCUGUGACAGCCAAAAUCUUUUCAAAGUUCAUCCAUACUGUAAUCCUUGGCUAAUUUAUGAAUCACAGGAACUUCUGACGUUGUAUACAGCAGUGCAAAAAUAACCAUUUUGUCAACUUAAGGUUUGUUUGCUUUUUUGUAAUUCAAAUCAAGGUGUCAAUCUGUCUUUAAUCAUCUAAAAACACCUCACAAAAAGAGAAGUAAAAAGAAAAAAAGAUCAAAUUUAUUUUCAACACUGUCACAAAGGAGGGAGAAGUGCAUACAAAGUUUUACCGGGACUCUUCAAACCCCUAAAGAGAAAGCAGAAAUGAGUCAUAAGAAAUGUUUGUAGUCAAUGCGUCCUCUUCUUGUACUUUUACUGGAUAACAUAUUACUCGAGCAAUAGGAAAAGUAGUGCUGACAGAUGCAGAAAGAAAUGGUUGAAUUUAGAUUACUUUAAGUACUUUACAACACCCACAAGCUUGCACUAUCAGAGUGCAGUUCGAACUCCUCGUACCAGAAGUAAAGGUGCCUCCAAACUGUUUUCCCACCAGCUGAAAACAAAACACGUUUCCUUGUAUCCAUUGUUUACCUCUGUCCUCUCAUUGGCUGCCCAUUAUGACUGAGGAGAGUUUUUGUCCAAGGCUGUCAAGGUGUUUCCUUUAGCUGGCACCAUGUGUGUGCACACGAGAGUGUGAGGAGCAGCAGUGCUGAACAUAACACUUCACUGCUACCCAUAAUGCACUGUGGGAAAGGUAACACCCAUUUUUUUUUUUUACCUGGAGGAAGUCAGAGACGGAAGCUAUCAGCCUGGAGAGAGCAGGGGACUCAAAACUUUAGCCCAAAGAAGAGACAGGAUAAGAGAUUAAGUUUGGAUUUUCACACAGAACGUGAGAAAGUAGUUUGUUUUUGAGGAGAUCAGGUUUUAUUGAUACUUUUGAGACUUUUGAAGCUGUUUUGGGAGCUUUUUCACCUGUCUGCACUGCAAAGGUGUGAGUAGGAGAAGUCAGAGGAUAGUCAGAGUAAUGGGAGGAGCUGCAGGCUUCCCCCUGUGAGGACUCCACCUCUGUUCAUAUGGUAAAUAGAGGGUCACAUGGGGCAGUAGUCUUGAAGCAGUGGGGGUAAAAGGGAGGGAAAGAUACACUGCAGGACUUUGGCCUGCCUCAUGCAGGAGGAGGCUCUUUCACCCUGAGUUUAGAGGACACUGGAUCAUUUAAGAAAGAUCAAAGAAACAAAUAGAGCAGGAGAAGUGCACAUGUAGGCCAGUCUGACUUUCCCCACUGGAGCCUUGUGUCUUCUGCUUAACUUCCUCUGGAUUUGUCUUUAUCUUUCCUCUGGGGUAAAAGUUCAACAGCCAGCCACUUCCUGGUUGUCAAAACUGGAAACUUCUUUGGACUUUUUCCUGCACAAGUGAGGAGUCAAGAUGCCCACUAACUUCACAGUAGUGCCAGUGGAGGAUGCAGGGGAUGGCAGCAAUAGUGCGGCUUCAGCAGGAGACAACAAACCCAUCAGUUUGGAUAAAAUCUUUAAGGAGGAGGAGAAUGAGGACAUCCGACAAGGAUACAAUUCAGGUAGGAGCGUGUCAAAACUUCUCCAUGGCUUGUUUGGGGUCAUGAGAGAUCUCCAGUCUAUCCCAUAAUGCACUGGCAGAGGAACAGAAUCUGAAAUGUGUUAUUCUGAUAAACUCCAUGACUGUGUAAUUGGACAUGUGUGUGAAAGCGUGCUUACACAAACAGUUAGAUUCAUGUUCAGGCAGGCACGCACUGCACACACACGCACACACACAGCUCUCCAUGUGACGUUGUUAGACUAGCAGGAACUUGCAGGGCAGCUUGAUGGCUGUUUUGAGAAGGUGAAACUGAGUUGUUGUAAGUCUGUGCUAACCUGAUAGAUGGUGGCGUCUCUUUACCUCAUUUCUAAUGAACUGAAAAAGGCAGAGACAAGAAAGACUUCUUCGUAUAACCUCACAAUGUCAGUCUAAACUAAAUGUGCAAAGAUGGAAAAUACAAUCCAACUGUUUACAAACUACUGAGCAUCUCACAUGGAUAAAGUAAAGCUCUGAUAAGCUGUUUUUUUCCCUAUAAGUAAUUUUUACUGACUAAGGUAAAGUUAUGACUUAAUACAUGUAAAAUGUAACUGAAAGCUAGAUAGCUGGUGAAGAACUCUUAUAACUGACCAGCUGUGGUCAAAGUACACUGCUUUAUACAGAGGAGGAUAAAAGGCAAAAAGAAAAAAGACACUGAGGACAUGCUGUCUUUUCUAAAUCUGAUUUUCUGCAGAACUCUGCGAUUAAAAAUCUAACUUCUUUUCUUUUUUACAGAAUUCUGGCUUACUUUCAAAAAACCAAGUGAAUACUGACUUUGAACUAAGAACUCUGACAUUUCAAGUCAGGAUUCUUAGCUUAAAGUCAGUAUUUAGACUUAUUUCUCUGAAUUAUGAGAUUAAAGUCAGAGCCCUGAGUCUCAAGUCAGAAUUCAGAGAGAAAAAAGUCUGAAUUCUGACUUAAAACUAAUAACUCUGACACUAACUUCAGAAUAACAAGUUUAAAGUCUAAAUCAUAAGUCAAAAAGUCAAAAAUCUGGUAUUAAACUAUUUGAGCUCAGCAUUUCAGAAUUCUGAGUCUCAAAAAAUUGCGUCUUUUUCCAGAAUUUCUUACUUGAAUUCCCGAAUUCAGAAUUUUUUUUUCAUUUAAUUCUAAGACUUAAGUAAGAUUUCUGAUGCUUGUUUUCUUACAGUUCUCCUUUUUUAAAUGUUGCUUGAAGUCAAAAUUUUGACAUAAAACUCUGAAUUCUCAGAAAAGACUCUCGAAAACUUGAAUUCCAAUAAAAAGUUAGGAGUAAAAAAAAAUCUGCUUAUUUUAUUCAUUUAGUUUCCUUGGCCCUAAUCCUUUUCUCUAGCUUCAUUACUCAGAUUAAAGUACAAAUUAUCCUAAUCAAAUAUUUUCUAGCUCAGUCAUAUUAUUACAGACUUUAAAGUGCUGAAGUACUUGCUUUUGCAGGCCCAGAAGUUGGAAAGCACAACUGUGUCACUGAAGCUGGGAGUAAACAAGAUGACCCAUGACUUGACAGAACUUAAAACAGAUAAAACAGACAUAUCAAUCAAACUUAAGAAUUGGCUGUUAUGAUAUGUUACAAAUCAACAAGGAGAGAAAGAGAUAGUAACAAACUGAAAAGGGGCAUGUCGCCACCUACUGUAGCGGAGGUGGACACGCUUCUGCCAGAAAUUAAAUUCUUGCCCGGUGCAUACUGGGACAAAGACAGGAGUCUAAGUGGUUUUAUUGAGCUAUAACCGUAGCUCAAACCAACUGUUCAUGUAAAUGUAUUAAAUGACUUUGUUGAGCUUGUGUUUUUCUCUGCUCCUCUUAGCUCAUAACCUGCAGUGCAUGACACAUGCUUUGCUCAAGCGUUCAUUACACACAUAGUUAAGUUGAGCUUCGGUCAUAGCUCUAGUCGUCAACUUAACUGGACUGCUGUCCUCGUCCAAGUUUACAAAAAUAUAAUUAUUGAGAGAGGCAUCUAUAGUAAAUGACUGACACACCCCCAUUCGGCUUGUUACCACAGGGUCAUCUCCUGUUUGAUUAUUUCACAAUUCAAAACAAUCAAUGUUAGCAAGUUGGUAAUACGAUGAACAUCGAAUGACGUAAGCAGUGGGUUUUUUUGGUAGACACAUAACACAGCUCUUAGAAGGUAGGGUGAUACACAAUACAGACUGGAUCAAAAUAAAAGUUCACCCCAAACUGCAUGAAGCUGGGAUAGACCAGAGUGUGACACAAAAAUAAAAUCGAAAAUAUUGAAGUGGAUCUGACCCCACCUGAUUCCUCUCUUAUCUCUAGAGGCAGAAUAAUAUUUCCUCUUUAGUGCAUGUGUCAUGCUGUCCUGAUUAAAUUUGAUAGUGCAUGUAAACACCAGACUGGAUUAAAUCACGUCAUGUAAAACUUGAAGCUACAUUUUAAUCAGAGGGAUUUCAGUAGGAAUGAAGAACUAUGUUUUUGUGAACAUGGCUGGUUAAAGAUUUUAACUAUAAAACAGGAUGCUGACAGCAGGGCCCAGUGACAACAUGAAAAACCUGUUGUACCAUUCAAACAGUGUGAACGUUUGGACUAUACUCAUAAUCCUGUUACUCUUAUAACUAUCUGCCCUUCAGUGUUGAGUGGAAUACAACUUAAUAAUGUGUCAUUAGAAUUACUACAAACACAGCUGUAUGGGUGGAGCUUGUAAUUCAAAUAAACAAGUGUUUGAAACUUUUGAUGGUGGAAAGUGCAGAGACACCAAAUCUUUCAAGCCGAUGAUUCCCACAUUCAGUCUCUCUGGAAAUUCUUCUUCCCAGUUCUGGAAUAAUGUUGCAGGUGUUUGCAUUCAUAAAUGACGUUGCCUCUUUCUUCAGCCUCUUAAAAAACAGACUUAUUCUAACUGCGCAGCCUAGCUGGCCUCUUCCUCGACUUCCUCUUGAUAGUGAGCAUCAAUUUGGUAGGGGUCAGUCCCCCCCACUUGUGUUUCCAGACACUCAAACCCCUGCAUGGAGGUCUUAGGACUCAUGUUUAUGAUGGUCUUCUUUAGUUCCUUUCAUUGCUCUGACCAGUCUUGAUCACAGUUCUGCUUAUUCUGGAGUGAGCUUCACCUCAUCCUCCCACUUCACUCCGCAGACUGUACUCAGGGUCAAAGGAUAACAGAGAGUCUGAAGGCCACAGACCUGUUGUAGGCUGUCUCUGAUCAGCUUUCAUUGAUGCUGUCAGGCGUGUCUGCUCAUCUUUCUACUCCAGUGGUGUUGCUGGAAGAUCUGUAAUGAAGUCAGUCCGCUGCGGAAUCUAGAGAAAUGCAGAUUAUUUCUCCUUCUGUGUGUUUUUAUUGAAUUCAUGUGAACUUCACAUUAGAUCUUCAUGCACAAUCCUUAAACCCAUCAGUUAUUGUGGUUGUUUAACUUUCAAUUGAUUUCCAAAAAGAUAUCUGCAUGUUUGUGCUAAUAAAAAUAUGGCCCUUUAGAUAAUAGCAAACUGAGGCUUAUUUUUCUUUUAGAGAUGUAGGAGAUUGGGUUCUAACUCCUUCAUUUGUAGUUCAAAAGAGGUUGAAAAAUGUACCAGUAACACAGAUUACAAAGUUCUUAAUAAUCAAAAACAAUGAAAGUAAAGCUCAUGGAGGAAGUUUUAGUUUAUGUUGAUUUGUUUUUCUGUCAGACAUAGUUUGACACCUGCUGUGUUCUUCUACAGUUACAUUUUUUUAAUAAUGUCUCCUUCCAUUUAUUAAUUAGUGAGAUUUGGGUUGUCUUUGUGUAAUAUUGCAGUUUUACGAAGAAUCAGAAGUAAAAACAUGAAACUCUAGUGGUGGCCACCUAAAGGGAUCACCAAGUGUAGCGGAGUUUUGCAGCUCAAGGGUGAACAUUUAUGAUUAUUACGUCAUGGAAAUGCAAUUGUACCAAGACGCUAAGGCAGAAGAACUACCGCGUUCGCAGUGCAAAAUGUUAAUAACUAUGAUUAUUACUUCACGGAAAUGAUCGACUUGUCAGGGCUCCCCCACAAAAAAGUGGCUGCUGGAGGAGAGUGGGUGAGUUGUUUUUGGUGUCUUUGCUAAAAAAAAAAAAAUUACAUGCAAAGUUAAAAAGAUGUUUGAUGGCUAGUGCUAUGGCAGGGACCCUAUAUGUACUGUUGAUGAAGUUAGGUGCUGUUCUGAGCAUUAUUUGUGGCUAUAGAGUGGCGUUUUGGUUGAGGUUUGCACAUGGAGACGUAGACUGCUGUGUAUUGCUAUUGUGCGGUCAUUACUAAAGUUGGUAUAACUGGAGAAGCAAGCAGUCAGCAACAUUCACCUCUCAAGUGGGUGUCUAACUCGGUGUUAUGGUGUGUUUGACUCUAACUUCACUCGACGCUGGGAUAUCCCUUUAAGGUUAAGCUAAGGAAUUUUUUUAAUUGCUGGGCCAAUGAGAAAUAACUGAAAGUAUGUGGUGUUAAUAAAUGGAAUACAUGCCCCUCAUUGUUAUGCAACAUUUUUUUUACAGCCCUUUGGAGCCCAGUUUAUGGGAGAAUGCAUUAAAGCUUCAGCACUGACUCUUGCUUCACUGUAAAGAAAAAUACAGUUACUAUGCCAGGAUACUUGUAAAAAGGAAAAAAAAAAAAAAGAUUAAAGACAGGACAUCAGGAACCUUUACUCUUAGGCCUGUAAAGUCAUAGUUUGCAGCUCGCUGAGGGACAGGGAUCUACAUAUGUGCACACAGAGUGCUGAUUAGACAAGAUCCUAUCAGAAUAAACAAAAAACAUCUUAGUACAAUCAGUUCCCAAAGUAGCAAGCCGUGUCAUGUUUGUUGUCUGAUAAAUUUCUGCUUGUACUGUAACUUUGCAAGAUAUAUAUAUAUGCUGCUUGUACUGUAACUUUUGUUUAAACGUAACAGUGGGGUACCUGAAAAGCAUGGAAAACCAAAUGAAGCUAUCAAUUUUAAUAAAAGCUAAUCAUUAGUUUGACCAAGGAUCCAGUUUAGGUUUGUCCAUUGGAAAUGGCUGCAGACCUCUAGAAGCUGAUUUUGUAACCUUUGAUGGAGCCAUGCCAGUCUUAUCUGUCUGUUAGUAGACUUUGGGCUAAGUUAAAUGGCAGUUCAGCACAUGGGUCUACAUAAUAUACAAUUUCAGGGUGCUUUUAGAUGCAGUAGCUGAGUUGACAUGGAGCACAAGUUUUUUUUACAAUGAAUGACAGGAAAAGAACAAAGGCAGUGGAAAUGUUACACAGAAACACCUCAAACAGGCCGAGACCAUACUAACUUAGCUUAGCUUUUGAUUUGGGUACAGCACACACACAUUUUUAAGCUUGGCUCAUUGAAACAGAUUUUGUUGUUUGUUAAAAGCUCCUAUGAGAAACUCUUCUUUUGUGUCAGUUUUUGCACCCCCUGUGGACAAAGCAGUCUUGUCUAUCUUGUGCUUAUGUCGAGACUCCUGACACAAAUCUCACCAUUUUGACUUUUUACAGUCAAAUUUGAUCAUUUAUUGGGAAUAUUUUAUGUCAUCAACAGAAAAACAGGGCUAUUUUUUCAGUUCCCCAGCUAACACCUACCCUCCUGCACCUGUUUCUGGUAUUUAAAAUUAUGAUUAAAAAUCAUUAGUCCUGCUGCUGAUGGUCUUAUUUCUUUUUGUAUACAGUUUAAAUGCAUCAAUAUUUAAGUCAGUCCAUUCACGAUCGUUUUUAAAAAAUCCUUACAGGCGCUUUAAUUUCCUUAUUCCCCUGUACUCUAUGCCAGACAUUAAACACUGAACACCUCCUUGUACUUCUGCCUAUGGUGGAAAUGCUGUUAAUCCUGUGUAUUAUUGUUUGUAGAGUGUCUGUCUGAUGGUUUGAGGACAGAUCUUGAUUUAAAACUUCUCAUUCAAAGACUGAAAAGGUAGUGUAUGUUCAGCUUUUUUAGGAUUUACUCUAAUUUGUUUAAAGUCCCAACAAGUCAUCAUGUGCUUUCUAAUGGGGCCAUGUGCAGGUUCUUUAAAGGGGCUAAUGACCUGUAAUGUGUUUGUCUUUUUUAAUUGAAUAAUCACCAGGCUGUGUUUAAUGCUUUGAUUUGAUACUGAUUUAUACUGGAUAAAAUUAGCUUUUAAAUCACUCCUCUGUGAUACACGAAGAAACACAGACCUCUGCUGGUAAACUUUUUUUAACAUAAUGUUUUCAUUUUGGUUUAAAUUAAGCAAACAGAAGAGUGUUUUAGAAAAUAUGUAAAUGAAUUUCUUUAAUUUUGGCCUCAUUGUCAGAGUGACUGCACAUCUGAUGGACAUGGUGUUUGUCUUCAAUUACACAUUUCACCCAGAAACGUCUCUUAUGGUUGACUUUAUUUAUUUACUUAUUUAUUUUUAAAAAAAAAGUUUUUUCUUUCUUUUUUUUUUUAAAUAGAAGAUUUUCAGCUUAUUAAAAUGAAAUUGUGUUGAAUUAGGUGACUGCAGGGACGGUUCAGAGAUUGUGAAAUGAACUUGUGGUUAGUGACUGCAGAGUCCAACAGACAGCUCAACAAUAAUGAGACAUUGUUAUAUGAGGAAGGACCCAGCUGUGUGUGAACUUUGUGUUUUUUCUUCUAGUGCUAAAAUAUGAGUACAAAGAGUUUAUUGGAUAAGAAACAAAAAGAGGAGAGAGAUGAAAAGCACAACCAGCAGAGAUAAAAAGCCUGUAUGCGUGUUUUAUACAAAAUUUGCAAAGACGUACAACAGUGAUGGGACAUGAGUUAAGUCUAACAAGAUAUUUUGUAAAAGUCUGAGUCAUUUUCAAAAAAUUGUGUUUGGUUUCAGUCAUAUUCAACUUCACUGCUUUGUCAUUUUGGUCAAGAUGUAAUCCGAGGAACUCAGUUUUCAUUUUGGUCUAAUUUUAAUCAGUAUCAAUUUUUGCCUCAUUUCAGUUGAUAUUUCGGUCAAAACUUUCUCAGGCAGAAACAAUACCUUACUAUGUUUAGUCCCUUUGGCAGAAAAUGGGUUUCUAACUAAGACUUCCCCAUGUCACGGGGAUAAAAAGAAGAAAAAAAUUUCUUAAAAUUUGCCUUGAAAAGUGCAAGGAAUCACAUUUUCACAACACAAAUCCCCUUUACACCAAGGAGUUAUAUUUAAAUGAACUCGGUUAUUAUUUGCUGAGUGACUUGGGUCUGAAUAUGAGUGUGAAGUAAUCAGAAAUCACAUUUUAAGGAGUAGGUGGGUGCUAAUUGAUAGUGGGUGAUGAAUUUUUCUACUCUGUCACAGAUAGCUGCCACAGCGCAGAUAUGUAGAGACCCAAAUCACAACAACAACAACAAAAAAAAAAACCUCUGAAUUUCAUGAACAUUAAAUCUAGAAUUAUUGUGAAUUGUUUAUACCUUGACAAACUGUAAUUGUUCUCAGUUAUCCUCUUGAGUCUGUAAGGUUAACCACAUUGCAGGGAUGAUUCCCUCAGUCUUGUCUCUGAAAAUGUGUCCACAGCUUCUCUUCUUUCCCUCUGCACAGGCCACGGAUGGAGUCUCUUACUUUCAGUGACACCAGCUUCCAGCAUGACUUUAGGAUAGCUGGAUAGGAUAACUAUAGCUAGCUAGCAGCUACUUUCAGAUUCCUUACAAUUUUUUGUAUUGUUCUUUUACAUGUGGAUGACUUUCUAUCUAAUAAUUAAGGGAUUUUGGUAGUGAUGAUUGGGUGAGCUGGUUUAAUCUUGAAAUCAGUUCAAGAUGUACUCACCAACUCAUGCUGCUAUUGCAUGGAUUACAAGACAGGAUUUUGUUUUUUUCUCUGUCAGAGAUGGUUGGGGUCCAGCAGCCCUUCAAGGUGCUCCCACGUCUGGGUCAGAUUAUUGCAGUUUGAGCCCCAGUUCCUUCAGUCUGCAUGUGAAAGUUUGUUUGGUCAAGAUAUGGAGGCUAAGUAGCUCCCAAAGGUUAGGACUAUGGCUUUUAUGUGAACAGAAGCAUAAUAGAAAAGGUUAGUAUUGCAGUAAUAACAUAGUAAUAUUGAAAAGCCCUCAUACCACUUUUUAUCAGUCUUAAAAGUUGUCAUGUGGUGCACUGUGCAUUGAGGCCAUGAAGGAGGCUGUAAAUGUGGUUUAAGUGUACAAUGCUGUCUGUUUACACUGAAAGAACAUUCCGCUUAAUGUUCAGACAACCUGCAUUUCCACCCUGUCUUGUUCCUCACCUUGUGAUCAAACAUACAGUAUCUUGUUCUUUUAGAGUAAGAGUUCUUCUACCCGUGUGUAUCGCAGACUGUCAGCAACUCUCACCCAUUCUUAGAGCAGAAAAAAAAGGAAACAUAUAUAUGAGUCUUAACUCACAUCCCUACUUCCAUUUUUUGGUCCUUUAGCGUCACUCACAGCAUCCAUAAAAAUAAACCAGCCUCUCAGGAUUGGCAAGGGGUGGACUCAGAGUAUCACAAAGAUUACACUGAUUUCAAAUUAAAUUCUGACCAUUACGUUCUCACGGGGGUGUUGGAUUUUCCCAAAAGACCCCCUCAGUUUGUUUUCAGUCCUUACCAUGUCAUGUAUACACACAGAGUACUGUUCUUUUUAUGAGCUGGCCCUCAGUGAUCUCUGAGCCACUGACAGGCCUUUGGUUCCCUCAGGCUGUAUAGACAACCGCGUUAUCUGGUGUGAUAACAUACCAAACCUAACAAACUGAGACUGCUGCGUGACAACCAGAGGCAAGAUGAACAGCACUGAGAAGCAGCAUGGAAGGAAAAAGUCCACUGGCUGCUCUGUCUUUGAAAGGGGUGCAAAAGUUCAGAAUUAACAAGGGCCAAGUUUGACCCUAAAACUGUCUGCAAAAACUGUGAGCACUGGCCUCAGACUCUGUAGGAUUAAUAAACACCUCAAAAUAAUAUAAGUCAGACCAAUAAAUCUCAGAGUAAUGCAGUCUGUCACAGUCAUAUUGGUGUGUGUUUAAAAAUAAGCUGAAAACUUGAUUUUAUAUGAUCUAAAAACAAUACACUGAGGGACUUUUUAAUGACUUAAUCUAAGAUUAAGUCCACCAGAGUGCACCCACGCUCCAUAUCACAAACUACUGUCCAUACUGUAGUCAAUAAGCAAAUAUGAUUGUCAGUCACUCAUUCAGGCAGUCAAUCCGUCAGACACAGACAGUCAGGUAAAUGUUUAAUCCUGCUGCCGACUGUUGAAUUUUGCAGCAAGCAUCAUUUGUGGUGGGUCUCAUCAACAACAACGAUGAGACAAACUACAGGAGUGAGGUGAGCCGCUUGGCCAUGUGGUGCAAGGACAACAAUCUCCUCCUGAAUGUGGAGAAGACCAAGGAGAUUGUAGUGGACUUCAGGAGAGAGCAGGCUCAGCAUGCUUCACUAACCAUCGAUGGUACUGCAGUGGAGCGGGUGAGCAGCGCCAAGUUCCUGGGUGUACACAUCUCCCAAGACCUGUCCUGGAACACCAACACCACAUCUCUGGCCAAAAAAGCCCAUCAGCGACUCUACUUUCUCCGCAAACUAAGAAGAGCAAGAGCCCCGACCCCCAUCAUGUCCACCUUCUACAGAGGCACCAUUGAGAGUAUCUUGUCCAGCUGCAUCACCCUGUGGUACGGCGCCUGCACCGUUUCCUGCCACAAGACCCUGCAGCACACUGUAAGAGGAGCUGAGAGAAUCAUUGGUGUCUCUCUUCCCUCUCUACUGGACAUUUAUAACACCCGCCUCACCUGCAGAGCCAUCAGGAUUGCAGGUGACCCCACCCACCCAUCUCACAGCCUCUUCAGCCCACUGCCGUCGGGGAGGAGACUGCGGAGUCUCAGAGCCAGAACCAGCAGGCUCAGGGACAGCUUCUUCCAGUCAGGAUGCUCAACUCCCUCCCUGCUCUGCCCCACUCCCCCCAUCCUCUGUCCACCACUGACUCUGGGUUACAGAUUCUUUUUGUACUCAAUUUGCACUAUCCUGUUCUACAUUGCACUAUUCAACAAUCCAACAAUCCACUGAAUGUUUACUGGACCACAGAAUGUCUGCUUUCAUAUAGUACAUUGUACAUAUAUAUAUUUAUUGUAGUAUUUAGUAAUUUUGUUUACUCAUUAUGUUUUUUUCUAUCUGCCGUUAUUGCACUGCGGGUCCAAGAGGACUGUAAUUUCAUAUAUGCUGUAUGCUGCCGUAUAGCAUAUUUGACAAUAAAGCUGACUUUGACUUUGAUUUUAAUGUUGUUUUCUGUAAGGCUCUGUCUGUACUGUGUAAGCAGCAUGGUAUAGUGUGAGAAAAGUCUCUCUACAUCCACUGAGGUAGUGGGGAGAUGGAGGUACAAUGCUGCAAGUGGGACAAGAGUGGGCAUCCUGUCCUCUCUGGGGGCCCACCACUCCACAGGACUGCCCUUCUCAGCAUCACUCUUGUCCAUAUGGAUGUAGCAGUGCCAUUCCUCAGCUGACACACCUGAAAGGGCAGGGGCCACCUGGACAUAGUCCUGGAUGUGUUUUCUCACACCAGCUACUUUUUAAAGAGUUCUAAAGAGCUCCAUGCUGGGGUGUGACACCAUCACAUUCUGCAACUUUGCAGAGCAGUCAGCCAUGGUCUUCUGGAAGAGCUCAGUGCAGGUAGCACAUCCUCAUCCAGCCCCCUCAGCCUUUCUAUGGUCCCGGGAUGCCAAUCCUCAGCACCUACAGUGCGGCCAUAUUCAAACAGCAUGAGGAGGUUCUCCAGUUUGGUAAUGGUGGUCUUGAUCUCAGUGCUGUGCUCAACAAUGAAGAUCGCUUGGGCCUUUAGAGUAGCUUCUAUCUCUUCUAGCAGCUCUUUCAGGUCCUGAACAGCCUUAGAGGACAGUGGUAAAGAGGGUAUGAAGUCACAUAAAAUAUCCAGGUUCUCUGCAAGGUACUGGACAGCUUUAAUCCAGGAGCCCCAUCUGGUCAUCACAGCAAACACUGGCAUAACAGGAGCCAUGCCCAAUGCCUGCAUAUAGGCCUGCAGCUCUUUGCCACGUUAAGGUGCCUUGCAGAACACUCUCUUCACAAUUGCACACACCCUGUCCUCAAAUGUAUCUGGGAAGACCUGCAGCACCAAUUUUAGGAGAUGUGCCAGACAAGUGACAUGUAUGGAGUUGGGGAACAGGCCAUAAAGCAUGAUGUUGAAAGCUUUCUUCGUGUAGCUUGCUGAGUCGGUGACAAAAGCCCAUACAUCACUAAAAUUGAUGUUGUUGACAUAAGAAAUGUCUGCCUGGGACACAGUGUUGAAGUUAACACUGUCGAUGAACACUAUGGGCUCUAUUUUCGUACUGCAUUGAAUUAUAUACUCCGUAAACAGUCACACAUGAUGAAGUUAACAAGAUAUUUAAUUUGUCCCCCUUUCUUUCUCCCUCCUUUUUCUCGCGCGGUUCAACUUGGACAUGUCUCCGUGUCCUCUCCCCGUCCUGAUGCUGGGGCGGCAAGGCUGAACAGAUGAUUUAUUUUAGUGAUCAGAUGAGUUAUUCACUUCGAAAAUGUGAACAAAAAAGUAAAAGAAACUUUCAUUCAAAAUAACCAGUUUAUCUAAUGUUCUCACAUCCUUAAAAUUCUGUGAAUAUUUAAUCUGGAGUUAGGCAUUCAGACAAAUAUAAUAUUCAGUUGUGUGAGCUAAUAUCACUUUACAUGUCAGAAUCCAUCGAUAAGGUCCUGUCUCCUCUGUACAGCACCAUUGUGGAGUCUCUCCUCAUUAUUGUUCUCCGGGCAUCAGGUCCUAACGUUGCACCGGCAGAGCAACAUGGUGCAAAACUGAACUGGCCCAAAUGAUGUCCCACACCCUUUCAGGAGUGUACAACAACGUCCCCGCUGCUGGGCCAAGACAGAGACACCUGCCUUUUAGGAGUCAAACACAGCGCUCAACAGUGGUGCGUGUGUGCAUAAUGUUGAUAUGGCGCUCAUGCUCUGUGGCAGUGUUUCUGGGCAGAGUUAUCAAAAAGGCCUAUUCACGAAGGACAUAACAAAUUUAUUUUAUUUUAUUUAUGUCUUAACCCUUAAUGUAAUCUGGCUGAUUGUGCUUAAUGACAGGUUUGAAGUUUGUUUAUCAAUUAUUUCGAGACAGACAUUUGCUGCACCGCAGAUCCACACUGACUCAAACUUGCGUACACAAUGUCAGACCUGUCGUGAGAUUUGGUCUUGGCGUACGCUCAUGUGCAGAUUGAUAAAUGCCUAUCCUCACAUCAAAAUUUUCAUACGCAAGGUGAACGCAAGUUUUCUGACGUACGCAAGCUUGAUAAAUGAGGGCCACUGUGUUUCCCUUCAGCCUGGUCAAAUGGAGACACCAAUGAGGACACACACUGAGAGCUGCUGAAAUCCACAGUUUGAGUCUUUCACAGAUGCGUUUCAUCCAUUGUUCACCACUACUAUUUAAGGGCGACUCAAUAAAUCACUACAACUACAAAACCAUCCACCCAAUUUCAAUUUGUGUUUCUCUUGUGUUACCCCAGGAGAUGAAGGUCAGAGAGAUUCCACUCCAUUCAUCACCCAAGACGGUGACAGUGAGCACUACUAUGAACGCAAAAACAUGGCCCUGUUUGAGGUAAGACAAAACCCCUUCUUUAAAUGUGCACUGACAAAUGUGAUGCGUUUGAAAGUUGAUGUGAUUUAUAUGUGCCACACAGGGAAAUGUCUUAAUUGGUUUUCUAAUAUGAUACCAACCCUUACAUAACUAGGUCAAAAACAACUUGAUGAGGUUGUUUUCUUGCAACAUCUUUGCAUUGAAGAAAAGUUUGCUAAUAAGAACACCACUGCAAUAGAAACACUAGCACCUGUCAAAAAUGAGGGUCUACUGAGUUAACCUCUGUAGUAAUAAAAUGCAUUGAGAAGGUCACAGCCAAGCACAUUCAAACCAGCCUCCAUCCCACACUUAACACUCACUGGUUUGCCUGUAGGACAAAAAGAUGCACUGAAGACGACAUCUCUAUAGCUCUACACACAGUGCACAGAGACCUAGGUGUGGAUGCUGUUUGUUGACUACAGCUGGGCCUUCAAUACAAUAAUUCAGGACAUAUUGAAAGAUCUUCAUCACCUGGGUUGGCUCAGAAAGAAAUAAAUCCCCAUACAAGGACAAGGUGGUGCACCUGGAAUAAUCUCUCUCAACACCCAUAAAACAAAAGAGAUUAUCAUUGACUUCAGAAGGCAAAGAUGUAAGCCAGCCCUACUUUAUCUAUCUAUCACAGAGGACCUGUCCUGGUCAUCCGCACUCUGGCAAUAGUUUAAAACUCCCAGCAUCGGCAUUGCUUAGAAAACCAGACUGCUUCAGAAUGUGGAACUACUGCAGAAGCUGUUAGUGAUUGCAUAGCUACUGCAUAACCGUAUGGUGUGCCAUCUGUACAGCAGCUGAUAGAAAAGCACGGCAGAGAGUCAUUGGGUUUUCUCUGCCCUCCUUGGAGAACAUUGCCCUCUCAGUGCCUCCUUAGAGCCAGGAAUAUCACAAAUGGCACCUCCCACCCCUCACUUUACUACCCUCUGGUAGAUGGUGUAUGAGUGUUAGAAGCAGAACAAACAGAUUUGCUAACAGCUUUCUACUUUCUAGUUAACUGCAUUGAUAAAUCAUUUUCUAAAAUCAAGAAAACCACCUUUUGAUCUAAACCUCAACUCAGCUGUAUUUUAUAUCUUGGUGAUAGCUGGAUUAUAAGCAUGGUAAUAUAGAGUACAGUUAAAUGAUGACUACGUAAAUAAAACUCACAACAUGGUGGCACAAGAAUUAGAUGUGGAUUGGAGAAGUCAUGUCAAGACUAAAACAUACAGGAUCUGUAUUGAACAUGUAUCUGCAGCAUCGGGUAUCACACAGCAAAUAGGUUGCCAUUGUAAUCAAUGCAGCAUUACUUGCAGGACGCGUAUCAGCUCCAUCGCAGCCCUGUAUCAGAAGCGUAUCGAGUGCAGCAUGCCAAAGAUACACAACAAGUCUAUUUUUGCUGCUCUGCGCUUCCAACAUGUGUCAAUCCACACAGAGAAGAUCGUCCCAGGCAGGAAGUUAAGCACGAAAACCGCGCAUGUCAUCUGGUAUUUCAAAAUAAAACACCAUAUGCAAACCCACGACUGCGUAUCAGUUCAUUCUCCAUGCUCCAAAUACGCAUCCUGCAUGCCAUACUCAGGGCUGCUCUAUGGAGCAAAUAUGGAACGUGCUCAAUACAGAUCCUGUAUGUUUUUGGCUUCACACAUAUACAGAUUGGCUUGUUAUAUUUCUAUUGUGGUGUUUGUCAAAGUUUACUUCUUCUUUACAUAUCAAAAUGGCCAAAAUCUUUUCAAAAUGUUAUGAAUACAAACAGUAAGUUGUUCUUGAAAAAAAUAAAUUAAUAUUCCAAGCUAAAAUGGCAUAAAACAUUUGUCAUUGUUUUACUACUGGUCAUUUUUGAUGGAUAACUUAUUGCUGUGUCCAGAAAUGGUACUGAUUCCCAUCCACAUUUAAUAGAUGUUGUUGUGUUGUAAAUUCCUCUCUAUCUUUUUGUAUUCCAGCUUUGCCAUCUUCAGUCUCCUCUUCAACUCUUUUUGCACUUGUUUGAGUUGUUCUUUGUCACCAUCUUUAAAAGCUUUCUUUUUCUGGUUAACAAUUGCUUUUAUGUCACUUGUGAUCCAGGGUUUGUUGUUGGGGAAGCAGCGAACAGUCUUUGUCGGUAUAACUGUGUCUCUACAGAAGUUGAUGUAUUCAGUAAAGCAGUCAACCUGUCUGUCAGUGUUCAUACUAUCCACAUAUGUUUCCAGCAUCACAAUCCAGUCUGUCGAUUUAAAACAGUCCCUUAGAGCUUCACUGGCUUGAGGUGUCCAUCUUCUGAUUUUGACUUUGGUCACAGGCUGCCUCAGUACCCAAGGUCUGUAACAGGUUUGCAGAUAGACCAAGUUAUGAUCUGACUUGCCCAGUGGUGGUAUGGCAGAGGCUCUGUAGGCUUCUUUGACGUUGGCAUACAGCAGAUCCAGGGUUUUGUUUUCUCUGGUAGGACAGUUGACAAACUGUGUGAAUCCAGUCAAGUGAGAGGAGAGGGUGACAUGGUUGAAGUCUCCUGAUAUUAUUAUUAGUGCCUCAGGGUGUUUAGUCUGUAUCCUGGCAACAGUAUCAUGUAAAACAUCGGAUGGAAUUUCAGCCAUUGAUUUGGGUGGAAUGUAUACAAGUAUCGUUAUGAUUUGACUGAAGUUCCUUGGAACAUAUAUGGGCGAAGAGCUGCCAACAGUUCUAUAUCUGGAUAACUACAAAACACAAUAUAAAUACACAAAAAAUUACUCAAGACCAGUUCUUGGAAAUAUUUGUAUUCUAAUAAAAAAGCAGAAUUGAGUAAACAUGUAACAGUGUUUACUUUAGGACCCUCACUCAAAACGCAGUAUUUAACCUCUAGUCUCCCUCCUAGCACAGUAAAACCUCUGCAAAUGAUCCAGCAGUAACCACAACUGCCCCUGUUUUCUGGAACCCCUCAUCCAGGUCUUAACCCCAUCUUGCCCACUGUGCUCAGCCACGGAAAGACGCCUGGCACUUUCAGUACAUCAGGCUCCUAAGUCAGUGGACUCAUUUCUUCUGUAGUCCCUACAUGGUGGAAUGAAUAACCCCACUAUAUUUGAUCUGCAGAGUCCCUGUCUACUUUCAAAAGACUCAGCUCUUUAGAGAACUCUAUGCACUUAGCCAGACUACUCUCCACUGUUGUCCUCAGUGGUUGAUUGAGUCUUCAGCCACAGUUGACUCACACGUACUGCUCUACUUCUGGAAUUUGGUGCCCAGUUCUUUGUGAUCAAUCAAUGAAUCAAAUUUUAUUUAUAUAGCACCAAAUCACAACAGUUGUUAUCCCAAGAUGCUUUCCAAAAAAAAAAAAAGAGCAGGUCCAGACCAUGCUCAUUGGUCGAUGAAUUACCAGGACCCAAUCUUAAGAUGGGACAGAUUUGUGAGUGACCCAGAACUUUGUAUUUUGGUCAUUGGUGUGGUGAGGACAAUUUUAAUUUGAUGGUGAUGAUGGUUGGUCUUACAUUGAUAAAAGGGUUGCUUCAUUGUUGAUGUUCAUAAAAAAGAAAGAUCCUUUAUACACUGUGCAUUGCCUUUACCACAGUUUGAAGUACCUGCUUCCAAUUAGACUUGAAGCUCUUUUUAGCUCUCACUGAUCUUGUUUUCUCUUGUCUAGAUCUUUGCUUGUGUUGUUCUUGUCCUCAAUGUACGUCCCUUUGAAUAAAAGUGUCUGCUAAAAGACUAUGUAACAUACAGUAAGUGAUGUUUUUAGAUAAAGUCUGAGACAUCAAUAAAUAUGCAAGCAGUGGAGCUAUAGACUGCUUGCAACAAAACUGUGUGGUUUCUCUCAGUGUUGAAAGGGAGCUGGUCCAGCACACACCAACAGGACUCCUAAAUUCAGCAUACAAGGACCUUUUUUCGUUUUUCCAGGACCUAUUACUUGCCAACAAUACCCCUUACUGUCCUCCUCCUAUUAAAGUUAGUCUCUGUAAUUCAUCACAGCAACAAAAACCCAUUAUCCAUGGUGCACUUCAUGAUAUCUGACAUACUUUCACAGGCUUGUCUGUUUUACCCGCAUAAGAAUGUCAAAUAAAUAAUAACACUGUAUCACCAAAGUUGUUGUACAAAGUCUAUUUAACAUGAUAAAAAAAUGGGAAAGGAGCAUGUUGAUAAAGGGGUUAGAAUGUUUGUUAUGAACCCAGUAUAAUCUUCUUAUGUAUUUUAUUUACUGUAAAUUCAGUGUUAUACUGACAACUAACUGAUGCUGGCUGUAUGAUACACAUACCAACAAGGCAGGAAGGGAUGAACCAACCUUUCUUCUUUCAGGUUUUACCACACAGAUGUUGGUAUUGAUUGAAAAUAAGGUCAAUAUUUUAUUUUCCCUGUCUCUGUAGGAGGAAAUGGACAGCACCCCCAUGGUGUCAUCUCUCCUCAACAAGCUGGCCAACUACACCAACCUUACUCAGGGUGUCCGUGAACAUGAGGAGGCUGAGAAUGAGGAAGGGGUCCAGAGGAUCGCUGUCAUGGUAUGGACCAAAUUUUCUGAGUAGUGGAAUAAGUUGAAAGUCCAGAGUCUAUGUAGUUUGGUAUGUGAUUUAUCACUUUUCAGUUUUGGCAGCCAACAAUCGUGCAGUCUAGCAGAUUUGAUGGAUGGUAAACAUGAAAUGUAUUGUCUGAGAAUCUGUGAAAGAAAAGGCAGGAUGAUAAAUAUCAGCAGCUAACCUUAAGAGAUAAUUUUAGAUAACAGUUGUCAGACUUCAGUGGAGUGUAAGUGUUCUGUGAAAGUUUUUUGUUGACUUUGAUCAUCGGGACGAUAUCACGAGGAGAGUCAAGUCUCAGUCUUCUGAAGAAUGAACUUCAUUCAAGCAAAGAGAAGUGCCAUUUUUUUAAGUCUUUGAUUGUAAGCUUCAGACAGGACUACCUUGUUUUUUUAUUUUAAAAACUUUUUUAGUAUGUAGUACAGAGAUAUAAGGUGAACUGCUCGCCAAGGUGCUCAGUGACAUGUGAAUAGAUGAUGUGCAUGGGUCAGGAGGGGUCAUACGCAUUGGUCUUGCAUCCCCACUGCAUGACAAAUGUACAGAAAAUAUCUUGGCAACUUCUGAGAAAUCACUGAUUCAGUUCAAAAGAAGAUCUGUGCGUUGAACAAAAGUGAAUUUACAAUGUCUUCCAGAGUUUUUAGUUUGCCAGGGCUACCCAAGACUUACAUGAAAUUGUUGAAAAAAGAGCAUCAGCUGAAACAAAUGCAUUGUUGAGACAUGUUUCUCAUACAUAUGUGAAAUCAAACACCAAAUCUCAGGUAUGGUGUCACUGAUGAAAAUUUAAGAUUUAAAAAUGAAUAUGAGGUUGUUGUUGAAGGCCAGCUAACUCUAUGGAACGAUUUAACUCAGACAGUAAAGGAAUCAUCAGAUUUCUGAUAUGGCUGUGAUUAUGAUUAAUUAUUAAGCUAACAUAAUACUGUCUUGUAACACACACUGAGAUGUGAGGCUUUGACUGUGGAUGAAUUUUCUCAUACCAGUUCAAUCACUAUUAGGCAUAUACUGGAAAGAUUAGAUGAAUAUUCCUGGGCAUGCAGUUUGUGUGUGUGUGUGUGUGUGUGUGUGUGUGUGUGUGUGUGUGUGUGUUGGGGGGGGGUAAUCAUACAUCCCUCUUUUUUCUGAGGGGCCUUUGGGCAGCUCUCAAGAAGCCGGGGAUGUGGACUUUUUUUUUUAAAGGGAGAUUUUAUAGAUUUGCCUGCUUAUUUGUCAUACACAUCGAACUUAAAGUUUGUUUUUGUUUUUAAGGGAAAUUUAGAUAUGGUUCAGGAUGAUAUUUUGCAUCCCUCAGAUGCCAAGUUAUGAUGCUAAGAUUUCUGAUUAUGAAUACAGUCAUAAUACAACAGUAAUAUUUUUCCCACAGUGUUAACAGGCAGAGUUAAAAAUGUGCUGAGAUCACAGAUCACAUGCCACCCCAAAUUAUCACAGACAGUGUAACCUUCAUGCUGGACUUCAAGCACCUUAGAUUCUCGGCCCCUCUGAUCUUCUUCCAGACUCUGGGGCCUUAAUUCCUGAAUGAGAUACAAAAUGUACUUUCAACAGGACUUUGAACCACUUAGUCCAGGUGAGACUCUUAUGAUGUUGUCUCUGUUUCAGGGUUGUCUUGACAUCAGGAACAUGACACCUGUAGUCCAUUUCUUGGACACUUUCUAAAGCUCUGACUCAAGCCUAAGUCUGCGCCUUAUAAAGCUCCUCUAAGUUUUGGACUCGAGUUUAUUUGACAAUCCUCACAAGGCUGCCGAGUCGCUCUGUGAAUAGCCAGCCUCUUCAGCAGUGGCCCUCUUUGUCUUACCCUCCUUGAGGAGGAGGAGGAUGUCCAUGAUAGUCCCUCUGGACAACUGUCAGAUCAGCAGUCUAAACCACGAUUGUGGUUGUGUGAACUGAACUAGAAUAAAGGCUCAGUAAACCUUUGCAGGAGUUCCGAGUUCAUUAGCUGAUUUGAGCUCUUUCCAGGAGUGAAAUACUGGACUUUUCCACAUUAUUCAGAUGUUUUAAACUGCAGCUUAGAGUAAGCACAUUUUAACAACAACGUAAGAUAUAAUGCUCUAGCUGUUUGUCAGUUUCUUUACAAUGAAUAAAUAAUGUUGAUUUAUUCCCAUACUGAUAAAGACAGGAUGGAUUUUUAGAACUGUAGGGAUAGUCACCCUUCCAGAGGUAAAUAGGCCUUAUCUACCAUGUUAAGAGUCCCUAAUUCUUCAAACUCCAAUAACUGCAGUCAUGAUGGGGAAGUACUUGAUCCUAAAAAUACCAGAUCCAGCCUGUUAAGUGCCCACCAUGUCUAAACAGUAAAAAUCACAAAACCACAAACAACAAAUCAUGGUGUUUGUACCACACUAAUGACGGCAGUAACAACGUGCACAGUCUCACUGCUUUAUGGAGAGUUAGGACUACAUAAAGUCCAUCAUGUCUAAUUUUAUGAAAUUAUUGGGGAUGUUUCCAACAGUCUUUUCUCCUUGUUAGUCUCACUAACUCUGAAUACGCAUGGUCUUCAGUAUAAACAAAGUCAGGAACAAGGACCGUGAAUUUGUCUGCAGGCAUUGCUGAUGAUACUGCGAGACCCGCCCCUUGAAUAGUAGCUGGAGGAGAUUUGAAGCUUGAGACUCAAGCAUAAGACAGACAAUUCAAGGAGUUUAAAGGGAAGCAGAAAACAGACUUGAGGGACACACAAGAGGAAAUGUGGGAGAUCUGGAAACCACCAUCAGGAGCCUCACAGCAUUUAGACAAACUGGGUGUAGCAGAGAAAGGAAUGAAAAAAGUGGUAGUACCACGGAAAAUGGUAUGUACUCUCAGAUAUGUGGAUGUGCAUGUUUGGAUUUCUGCUGUGAUACAUGCUGCAAAGAUAAAAGUGAUUUUAUAGAAGAGGCAUCAAGGACAUUAAGAGAUGUGGAUCAAUUACAGUAUUAUGACAUUGCAUGAGUACUCUGCAGGAUGUGAACCAUUUUGUAGCAUGCAGUUUGAGUUUUUUCCACAGUUUCAAAAACUCCUAAAUAAGAGAAGGUGUAGGUCUUUGAAAGCUCUCCUCAUAAAACUUAAAAGCAUAUAACUGUGAUUUAAAAAUACAGUUUUAUUUCAUUUGACUUGUUCAAAUGGGCCUUUUACAUCUAAAAAUAACCUUAAAAUUAGCAUUCAGCACAUCAGCUACAACCCUAGGAUUAAGUCUGCAAUGGAUUAAUUUCAAUUUAAUAUCUUACAAAUUAAUUUCUGACUUUCACUGAAGCAGCAAAGAAAAAAAAACAAUCACUUUUGUAAAUGGCAGCUGCACCAUAAAUGUCAAGCUAACUGUUAUUUUAUUUCAUUUCACUUUCUUUAAUUUAGUCAUUUAUUAGUUGAAUUUGUAAUGAAGAAGUUGAGCCUCUCGCUGGAUAUUUGAGCUUGAUGUUAUUUUUCUAGGCUUAGUUUUUAUUUCAGUAUCAUCAGCUUUAACAAUUAUUUAAUUUAAAAAGAGUGAAGAAAUAAUAUUGUGAUAUUUCUAUUUAAAACUCCUGCAGGCAUUCGUGAAAAAAAUGUUAUCUCUUACUGCCUAAAACAAAGAGCAGGUUGAGACAGUGCUCCAUGUCUAUAGUAUUUACAAAGACCUGACACAAAGAUGGGAUCAAAUACAAUCCUAUUUUACAGACUCAGUCUUUAUAAAUAUCAUGCCAAAUAAUGGAUGGCAAACAACAUCUCACAACUUAAUACAGUCAAGUCCUUCAUUUCAGCCAAAAUAUAGCAGAGAUUCAUCCAUGUUUUUAUUGACCUGCCUCCAGUAGUGCAACUACACUAUACACGUCUAAUCUAUCCACCACCUUCGGACAGUUCAAAACACAAUAGCUCUUGUUCUUACCAGGACAAACAAAUCUGCCAACACCGCUCUGGUUUUAGCUUCCCUACAUUUGUUUACAUGUUGAUUUCAGAUUCUCGCAGUCACAUUCCCCUAAAAAUUAUUAAACCGCUGUUAAAAAAAGCUUUAUGAGAGUAAAAGCAAACCCUUCCAUCUUUCAUAUCAACAGCACUUAAAACAAUAUAUGGCAAUUUAAUUAUUUGAAAACAAGAAAACUAGGAAACUUUUUUCUUCAGAAGUAUUACUUAUUCAAAGCAUGCAAGGACUUCUAUUUAAAGGCAUUCUAGAUGCAGGUUUUUCAAGGCCAGAUUUAGGGAUUUAUCCUGACAUUCGGGUGUACCAGGAGUGUGUCCUGGUUCGAUUGACUGGGGUGGCACAGAUUAUGCAGGGGUGGCGCAAGUUAUGUGCAUACACAAACACAUAGAAACAGACACAAAACAUGGAACUUCUUUAAUUUUUUUUUCAAAUACAGACAGUCAAUGAUGUGCCUGCUGUCUGUUAAUGACACUUUGAAAUACUUGUGUACAGUCAUGUGGGAUGUAUUACAUUCAUACAUGCUGGUACAUAAGCUGUGAAUGCAUUCACAUGUUUGACACUUCUGCCAAUGAUAAACUGGCAAGAUUUUCAUGUCUGCCAAUAUAAAAAUUAACCCUUAAAGCUGUUGUCUGUCAAAGCAAGGUUCUAACACAGAGCUGAUAACAGUAAUGUUGCAAAAAAAAUGAUUAACAUCAAACCUUGAACUGAUGUCACCCAGGAAGCCAUUUGUGCCUUCAUUAUCACCAUGUAUCAGGAAGAGUUUACGAUGAAAAUAAGUGAGAUGCAUGGAAACAGAGAAGAUUUGUUCCCAUGGUGCACUUGUUGCAGAUAACUGACAAAACUGACAUUGCACCCCACAACUAACUCAGCUUCGUAGUAGUUUAUUGCUCAUAUUUUGGAAGAAGAUGGAUGGAUUUUGAAAUAGGGAUGAUGAUUUUGUUUAAUUGAAGUUAGCCCUAAGUUCGUUUCUCUCAUCUGUCCAGCAUGUUCUCACCUGUGGCGGUUUGUUGUGUUUGUCUACCAACAGCUCCCUCGGAUGGGGACCUUCAUUGGUGUUUACCUGCCCUGUAUGCAGAACAUCCUGGGCGUGAUUCUCUUCCUGCGUCUCACCUGGAUCGUCGGCACAGCAGGAAUCCUUGGUUCUUUCGCCAUCGUGUCCAUGUGCUGCAUCUGUGUGAGUCACUGAUGAGUCCAUGUGAACAUAUAGUUAAUUUCCCUUUACAGACAAUCCCGGGAAAAGGUUGGCAGGAAGAAAAUGUUUCUGACUAAGUUCAUUUGGUAAAUCAGAUGCAUCAUUUUACUUCAGAGGAUGUGUCAAGGGGCAAUAAAGUUGUGGUAGAUGACAGGAGAAAACACAGACAGAGUCCCUCUUGGCCAGUGUUUAUCUCAAACAUGUUAUUUCAUUCAGGCCUUUAGACGAUGAUUGAGUAGGAGAUUUACUGCUAGUGAGACCCCCCCCUCUGGAUUUAUGGUGUUGAAUCAUGACAGCAUCACUAUCUCUGAGCUCAGCACAGAUUCCUUUUAAUGGGCAGAAAAUUCAUUUUAUCUACAACUGCAGCUUUUACGUCAGCAGCCCCACAUGGCCAAACAGAGAGCUGACUGUUUAUAAAGUUUGAACCAAAUUGCUCCACACUCGUGAUGUGAUAUGAAUAAUCUGCUCCUAAGCCCCCCUCCCUGUAUUGUUCCUGUUUAAUGAACUCUGUGUGCUUAUCUUUGAUGUUGUUACUCUGUCUAUCUAACUUAUCUAAUACUCUUGUUAGCCUCCUUUGAUUGCAUUUUACUUUCCAUUGUCAUUACUGCACAGAAAUGCCACACUAAGCAGAGUGCACAGUUCUUACUCCUUUUUUUCUCUAUCCACCAUCACUCUUUCCUGCAGACCUUACUCACAGCCAUAUCAAUGAGUGCUAUUGCAACCAAUGGAGUUGUCCCUGGUAAGUCAUGAAAUAAUGCAUUAAUUUUUAUAUACUUUUUUUCACAAUUUUUUCCACUAGAAGUACCUAAACACAGUGUUAAUUUCCACUUUAAAAAGCAUAUAGUGCAAACUCAGCGAAGUGAUUUAAACUUACACCAUAUGACUAUCAUAGAUACAUUAUUGUGAUUGCACUACCAGGACUGUCAAUACCGUUUUUUUUAUUACAAUAAAUGGCAAAAUUCUAAUAACAUAGUACAAUUGAUAACAUUUUUUAUUGCAUGAUUAAAAUUACAUUACUUUGCUGGAGCAUGAGCGAGAGAGCGAGCAUGAGCGAGUCCCUACUCCUAAAAAUGACUGAAGCACUUCACGAGGCAAAUAAAACAAUCACCAUACUCAAACUGCGUAUUCAAAAACUGUCCGAUGAGCUCAAAACAAAAUCUACAUUACUCACAACCUGCAUGGAUGUGGCCCACCAGCAAUCCCUCCACCUGUUCUCCCUCCAAGCAACCCUCCAGGACACGCUACCCUGGGAGCCUCACAGCCCGAGGACCUCGUCCCGGCCGCCAUCUGCCACAGCACCCAACCAGGACUCAACAUGGACUGAAGUGACCACUCGAGGCAGGAAAACCACCAACACCAUCUCCUGGAACCCAGCCAGGCCUACCUUGAGCUCCACGCCGAGCAAUCCACUCACCCGGUCCGAGGUCCUCGCCAGCGGUAGGACAAAUCCCUCCAGUCCAGUUGUCCCUCUCUAACCGCUUGGGGCCCCUUGAGCAUCCUCCUAAGCCUGCCAACACCAGCAUGAACCAGUCCCCUCUCGGCGGUGACGUGGUGGCGUCCUCCACAGCGGCUGCCGGAGCUCCCAUGGCUCCUACACGGCCACCAGGCGGAGCCCCGGGCCUUUGUCCUCGUCCUCCGGUGCCUUCGCGGUGUGCCAGCCCUAAGAUCGGGCAGCCUCCGCUCUUCUGGUGACCAGUCAUCUUCUUCCACUACCCCACCUGGAAACAGAGCCCCCCCCUCCGAAACCCUCGCCCUCACCACCCCCACACAGGCUUCCCCAACUGGCCCCAACUGGUACUGAACCCCAAUCCCAUCGUCCCCACUACAGCAAGCUCCCCCUCCUGGUCCAAACAGCUACUGCACCCUCCAACCACAGAGUCUCCUUGCCAAUCUGCCAUCUCACCAGGAUCUCGCCACAGCUUCUUCAUUCAAACAAUUACAACUACUGGACCCUCCUGCUCAAAUCCCAUGCAUCUAAAAAGAAGGACAAGAAAUCAAAUAAACCUCCGCUGCCUUCCCCCUGCCUCUCUGCCCACUCCACAGCCCCCUCCACUGAAGAUGGCCCUUCAAAACACAAGGACACAUCCUGGCUGACUUCAUAACAGACAAUAACCUGGACUUCCCCUGUCUAACUGAAACCUGGCACAACCAUCUCGACCUCUUUCCAUUCAACCAAGCCCCCCCGGUUCCACGCCUCACUGGACGAGGUGGUGGCGUCGCAGUCAUCCACAAACAAACCACCCCCGUCCCCACCCUGUCUGUUCACUCAUUUGAAAAUAUUUCUGUCAAAAUCCCCGGCCCCACCCCUCUGGUCAUUGUCACCAUCUACUGCCCUCCAAAGCCCCACCCAUCAUUCCUCACCCACCUAAGCACCAUCUCAUCCUCUAUCCUGCUGCUUGGAGACUUCAACUUACACAUCGACAACCCCACCUGCAAAAAAGCCACCGAUUUCCUGGAUCUGCUCGACACCCUCAACCUCACCCAGCACGUACACUCCCCCACCCACUCCCACGACCACACCCUUGACCUCGUCUGUUCCACCGGCAUCUCCAUCCACCAUCUCUCCACCAUCAACCUCUAUAUAUCUGACCACCUGGCUGUCACUUUCAAUGUCAGCACUCUCCCGCUUCUCACCUGUUUCUUCAACCGACGUGACCAAUAUCGUCUGCUCCAUGUCAUCAUCCACCUGCAUCCUGGAUCCCAUCCCAUCCUCCCUCAUCAAACACUGCCUCCCCGUCAUCUCUCCCAUCAUCACACAGAUCAUUAACUCCUCCUUCAACUCUGCCACUGUUCCCCCUUCACUCAAACUGGCCGCUGUCACCCCCAUCCUCAAAAAACCUGGACUCAACCCUGACGACAUCAACAACUUCCGGCCCAUCUCCAACCUCCCUUUCCUGUCAAAAAUCCUUGAACGUGUCAUUGUAUCACAAAUCAAAGCCCACCUCAACAAUAACAACCUUUACGAACAGUUUCAAUCAGGACUCCGCACCCACCACAGCACUGAAACCGCCCUCAUCAAAGUCACCAACGACCUCCUCAUUUCUGCUGACUCCGGCCAACUCUCCAUCCUCAUCCUCCUUGACCUCUCCGCCACUGUCGACACCAUCGACCACGCCAUCCUCCUGUCCCGCCUACACGCCCUCCUCAAUAUCACAGACACCACUCUUAACUGGAUCCACUCAUAUCUCACAGACCGGAAUCACUUCAUCCACAUUAACAACUGCUCCUCCACAACUGCCCCCAUGUCCCAAGGUGUCCCCCAGGGUUCGGUGCUUGGUCCCCUCCUCUUCAUCAUCUACCUCCUCCCUCUUGGCCACAUCCUCUGUCAACACAAUCUCCACUUCCACUGCUACGCUGAUGACAUUAAAUCAUACAUCUCUUUCACCUUCAUCACCCCCCAGACCCAACGCUCCCUCUCAAACUGCCUCUCUGAUACACUGGAUGGACAGCAACCUUCUGAAACUCAAUUACGACAAAACAGAUCUCCUCAUCAUCGGCCCAAACUCCCUCACCUCCACAGUCAUAGACUUUCAUCUCUCCAUUGACAACUCCACCCUCUCCCCCUCCUCCCACUGUCGCAACCUUGGUAUUCUCUUCGACAGCAAGCUCUCCUUCACCCAGCACAUAAAGCAAAUCACCAAAACAGCCUAUUUCCACCUCAAAAACAUUGCCCGCCUCCACCCGCUCAUCCAGAGCUCUGCCGCCCCCCCCCCCCCCCGCACACUCCACUCCGCCAAUGCCAACCUCCUCACAGUUCCCCUUCCCCUGACCAGAGCCUUCUCAGUCGCUGCCACCCUCUGGAACUCACUCCCACUGGACCUCAGAAACUGCACUGACCUCAACAGAUUCAAGACCGUUCUAUAAACCCACCUCUUCCGCACUGCCUUUCAUCCUCCAUAGCCCCCCCCCCCCCCCCCCGGGGAUUUUACAUGAUUUUAAAUGAUUUUAUUGAUAUUGAUGAAUAUUUUAUUGUAUAUUGAUGUGUGUUUUAUUGCUCUUGCUUUUACUCAUGUACAGCGUCUUUGCGUUCUUGAAAAGCACUUUACAAAUAAAAUGUAUUAUUAUUAUUAUUAUUAUUAUUAUUAUUAUUAUUAUUAUUUCUAUUAUUAUUACAACAGUUUUUUUUUUUUAACUUUUUUUUAAGUUAACAGGUGUGAUGCAAUUUAUUCCAAACAGACCCCAGACCCUCACAAUGCCAACUGGCCGCUGUAGCCACUCUGCCCCAGAGUUGCUCCUAGAGUUGCUUAGGCAUUGCUGUUGCAAACAACAGUAUGACCUGCCUUUGUUGAGGGAAAGGAGGGCUCUCUUGGCCAGUAGGAGGUGUUUAAAACCAGACCAGUGGUAACUUUAAUUUUUCAAAGUAUAUGACACACUGAGGGUGAACUCCUGCAUGUCAAGAACAUUCAUGUCAAAAGGACUUAAACUGAAGAAUAUGCUAUCAUUGUGUUAUCGAUGUGUCAACAUUGACGGCUCUAAUAAAUACAGUUAUCACAGCCAAGGACGCUUAUCCCUGAACCACAGCGGUUUGAGUAAUUGAAGAAAAUUGAUGCUGAAGAAGCAAAAAAGGCAGUUAGUGGACUCUGGCCCUUCAGCCCUCAAAUGUAGGAAUGUAGAGGGUAGAACUUAAGUCCUUACUAGAAUAAAUCUUUUAUCAGAAUUUCCAUGACAAUGUUUUCUAGUUUUCUAACCAUGUUUUAAUUUUGUAAAGCUGGUGGUUCCUACUACAUGAUCUCCAGAUCUCUGGGUCCAGAGUUUGGAGGGGCAGUGGGUCUCUGCUUCUACCUGGGAACCACCUUUGCUGGAUCUCUGUACAUUCUGGGCACCAUUGAGAUUCUGCUGGUAUGUCAGAAACAGGAGGUCAAACACAACAAUAUUAACUUCUGCUGUGCAUUUAUGAUACACUCUCUCCCCUCCUCCUGUCCUCUCUGAGACAGAUGUACAUCGUUCCAACAGCACCCCUGCUCGAAAAAGGCACUGACUCAGCAAGGCCCAACAGCAUGCGUGUUUAUGGUACAGGCUGCCUGCUCCUGAUGGCAUUAGUGGUGUUUGUAGGGGUGAAGUGAGUACGCAAAAAUUCACAAAAAUAUAGCAUACAUUCACACCAAAUAACAGAGUCAGAUUAAUCCCUCAUCCUCUUGCAGGUAUGUGAACAAACUGGCUCUGGUGUUUCUGUCCUGUGUUUUUCUCUCCAUCAUGGCAACUUAUGCUGGGGUCAUCAAGACGGUCAUUGGACCCUCAGAGUUUAAGUGAGUUUUCAACAUUUAAAGAGCUCUUCUAAUGAAGCAUUUACUUACUGAGAGCAUUUGAAAAAUGUUUGGUGCAAAUGAAUUAGAACCCACGUCAGCACCCAUAGCUGUGUUGGUUUUGGAAUAAGGUGCACUCAGAUACCAGGGUGGCUUGUCUCUGUCUUGAGGACACAGAAAGUGUCUAAACCUUGGACCAAUAAAAUCUAGUCUUAAGCCUGGAGUCCAUGGCCCAGGGUUUCCCUUGAUAUUUAGAGGGUGCAUUGGUGAGAUAGCAGGAUGGUCAUAAGAUUUCACAAAAUGCUUUCUUGUUAUUCUUACUCAUAGAGACACACCAUCAGUACAAUAAUACUUUGUUUGAUAACAUGCAAGUCUGACUGAAAUUGCACCAAAUGAAACUUCUCAUACUAAGGGCACAUUCACACCACCCUCGUUUAGUCCAGUUGAACCGAACCCUGGAGCGUUAACCCUCUUGGUGCGGUUCGUUUGGUUCGGUGUGAACGCUGACCUCGAGCUCUGGUGCGGACCAAAUAAACGAACUCUGGCUCGCUGGCUAAAGAGGCGUUCAUACAUGCAAUCGACUAGCGUCUUUUGAUACGUGCUCCAGAUAAGUAGCAAAAGCAAAAUCAGCCGACAAUGCUCCAUGACAGGUGAAGACAGCAGAGCAGGGUUUGUAUUACUGCAUUAACUGAUGACCAAUAACCGAACGAUAUUUGCGGUGACUUCCGGUUCAGUUUUCUGGAGCGAUUGAGUUUGUCCUUUGUGAACGCAAACCGGAUCAGUUAAACAAUCAAAACAAAUGUAUUGUUUUGCCUUGGAUUCGAAUCUGGAAACGGACCUUUAGGUGUGAACACGAACUAAGACUAAUACAGAAAGAUUGCAUACCAGACCUUGACCCAGAAGUUGAAUAUCAUAAAUUUGUUUCCUGAGAGCUGGGUCAGAAACAAAACCUGUACAAAAGAAGGUAGUAUUUUAAGUAAAGCUACAGAACUGCAAAAAUGGUGGUGUUUCUAUAGUUUGAUCUAAAUCCCAUAUCAAAUUCCAUGUCAAAGUGUUUGUAUAUUGUUUAGGGACAUGGUGUUGGGACAUGGUGUUGUCGGCAAACUGGCAGACAGCCCAGUAUAAAUAAGCCAAAAAGGGACAUGCCACCACCUACCAUAGUUGAGGUGACCAUAUUUAUGUUAGAAAAUCAAUUUUUGCCUGGUCCUUGCAAACAAGGAAUUUAGUCUGGUUAAAUCCUCUAAUACAGCUGUAAUUGUAACUCUGUGUAACCGUGCUUAAGGUAAGCUAAUGUAUUCCUUUAGUCCCACAGGGGAAAAUUCCAAAUUUACAGCAGCACUUAAAUACAAAACUAAAGAGUUAGAAAAUAUAUAUGCAUGUAAACAUGCAUCAUGUUACAGUAUUCUGCCAAUCUCAGAGCUAGUAGACAAAAAUACCCUCAUUAGUAUCUCUUUGAAGACCACAAUCAUAACACGUCACGGGCAAAGUACCCAAGACGGAGACCAUUACCAAGCUCUUCAUCAUGCCCACUCCCAAAUGAAACACAGAUAUGCUGAAAUAUAACCAAAAGGUAUUUUUGCAAUCCUUGUACCUAGGGGUGUGCCAUAUCAUACCAUGUACGGUAAUACAGGUGUACAUUUUUUGAUGAUAUAAAUUUGUUAUAUUGCUGUAUUUACACUGCAAUAAAAAAAAACAGUCGGUGGCAAGACAUUACCAAAGUGGUUACGUAUUGUUAGACCAAAGACAGGAAGCCGAUUCAGGCUUUUGGAAAGGAAGGCUUUGAACACUUGAUAAAAAAUCGACCCAAGAUUCACAAUCCCAGGUAGAAAAUAUUUUUCAAAAACAUCUUUGCCUGCAAUGUACGUAGCAUGCUGCAACCAACUGGCUUCUACCCUCUCAUCAGUGGAGUUUUUUGCCUGUAAGACUGUAAUGGUCGAGCCAAACGUCCAAACCCUGUAUCAGCCUGAUGGACUUUUAAUACCACCAACCCUCAUACCCAUAACCACAGAUACUAUCAGAGAUUGAACAGUAUCUGUACUGUUCCACAUGUAGUGUGGAUUACAGCCAUUUGAUCCUGUGGAAAAAAUUAAAAAAUAGCUUAUCAAGUUCAAAAGUCUAACUUUCUUUGGUGGGAACUACACAGGACAUCAUCAGAUAACAAGUCCAGUUUCUUAAGAUUUGUAAUUGAUUGAAGUCACUUUUGUUUCUGCUGUUCAGAGGAAUUGUUUCAAUGUAUUAAGCAUUAAUCCAUUGACGUAUUUCAUACAGUGAUCUGUGUUUUUUUCUGUGUUUUUAGAGGCAUGGUAGAUGUUAAUAGUGAAAUGUCUCAAUGUCAAAUUAAGUAUUUCAGUUUACAAAGAAUUUAAUGUCAUAAUGUCAAACUGACAACCUGCGCUUGCCCCUUUGAAGGCCUCAAUGGCUAAAACAUGUAGGCAUGUCUGACUUCGCAGCCCUGAGAAUUAUGGGCUUUUUAUCACGAGUGAUUAAGAGGUUUCCAAGACAUUUACAUUGAUUGAUUUGUUUCAUGUUAGAUAUAAAACAUGUCCAUUAGAAAUAAAUCUUAUUCACACAGUCAAAUUGGCACUGGCUGUCCAGCUCCAUCUCACGGUCCUCUCCUUUCUUUCAGAGUCUGUCUGCUGGGUAACAGGUCUUUGAGGAAUGAUCAGUUUGAAACCUGUGCAAAGACUAUGGAGGUGAAAAACAACACUUUGACCACAGAUCUGUGGGAAAUCUUCUGUGACACUAAAUAUCCAAAUUCAACCUGUGACCCAUUCUUCACCAUGAACAACCUGACAGAGAUCAACGCCAUACCUGGGCUGACGAGUGGAGUCAUCAAAGGUAAUGGAGAGGAAGGACUUUAAAGUGAUCCCAGGCUUGUCGCAGUUUGUGCUACCUCUAACACUAUCCAUGAAUAUGAACCUUAAUGUUUGUUCUGUUUUUCUGUUAGACAAUCUGUGGGGGGACUAUGCUCCAGCUGGUGAGCCCAUACAGAAGAAGAGCCUACCCUCAGUACAGGACCCAGACACAGACACAGACACAGACACGACCAAACCCUUCGUCUUCAAUGACAUUACCACCUUCUUCACUCUACUGGUGGGAAUAUAUUUCCCCUCUGUCACAGGUAGAGGACCUAAUUUUCUAAACACGAGACAAAUAUCAGCCUUUCAUAAGUCUAGAGUUACAUCUGAGGCAUUGACUAGUCAGCUUUUAACAUUAAAUCUAAAGUUUUAUCCCACAUGUUUUUCACUAAAGCUGACAGUAACUCACAUUUGUGCCACACUGUCAACAGGAAGAGGUAAAAUUGAAAACUUUCGAAGUGUGCCACACCUCCUUCCCAAGAUUGACUUGUCAUUGUUUUUGUUGAGCAUUAAUAACUGGGGUAUUGUGGGGUUUUGACCAAACAGAGUCCAGCAUUUAACACAGCCAGGUGAUAAGUAAGAAAACUGGGUGAAAACUCAAAACAAGACAACAAUUUAAAGAAAUCAUGUUUUAAGUGCUGUUCUGCACAAUAAGUAUUUGCUUUCUGAAUACAACACAUAUACUUUGUUUCUAAUAAUAAUGAUGAACACUACUUACUCUGACUGAUUGUGCUUCAUUGCAGGCAUAAUGGCUGGUUCUAACAGGUCUGGUGAUCUCAGAGAUGCUCAGAGGUCCAUCCCCAUAGGAACCAUCAUGGCUAUUCUAACCACCUCCUUCAUCUGUAUCUUUAAGACUGAGCUCAUACAUAUGAACAUAAACAGAAACGUCUGAACUUAAACCCAUAAACACAUGGAACAAAAAGACUAACUUUAGCAGUUUUAUUCUACUGUAUUUGUGUUAUUAUGUCACAGAUUAAACUUUGAAUGCAAAGUCAACACAAAUUGAAACUGGUUCCAUCUUAACAUCUGGCACAGACAUCUCCUGUGUGGUUUUAUUUGGAGCCUGUAUUGAAGGAGUGGUGUUAAGAGACAAGUGAGUGUGUUUUCAAUUUACCCCUAACUCAAUGCCAAGGAAUAUUACUUUAUUUUUUUUUUUUUGAGACUGUUAAAAAGAGUACAGACAGUGGGGACAUAAAAUGAAUAAUGAUACUUUGUAUGCCGCCAAUUAUUGUAAAAGGCUGAUAAAAAGCAAGCUAUUUGGCCUCAGUAGGUGUCAUCAUACCACUGUAUACAGUCCCGAGCAGUCCUCAUGUACCUGUUCAUGCCUGUGGGUGUUUCAGGUUUGGUUUCUCAGUAAAGAAAACCCCUGUCAUUGGUGUCCUGGCCUGGCCAUCACCCUGGGUGGUCGUGAUUGGAUCAUUUUUCUCCUGCUGUGGGGCGGGGCUACAGAGUCUUACUGGUGCCCCCCGACUCUUACAAGCCAUCGCUCGGGACGGUAUCAUCCCGUUCUUGCAGGUCAGUUUUGAUGGGAAUUGGUUUGAGUGUGGGUCUUCUAUAAACCAGGCGUCCUACAAAAAUGUGCAACUGCAUGAAACAAGCUCAACGGUAAAGAAAGUGUAAAGUGUUUUGCAAUAUUUAGCAGCUUUUACUGUUUUAAAUUCUUGGUUGAAAUGCUCCUCUGCCCACCCUCUAUCAUCUUACAAAAUGAAACAUUGUUGACAGCCACCCAAAUAACAAAAUGCCCAUGUUACUAGUUUGUCUAUUCUCAGCUUCUGUAAAUGGAGUCCCAGCUGUAAGUGGACUGUUCUUUGGAAGAUGUAAAAGGCUUAUUACAUCUGAAGAACAAUACAAGUUAUAUGGUUGGAUGACUUUACACAAAUGUAGAUGUUUUUAAGAACUCUGCAUUCUGUUUCCCCCAAGUCUGUUCUGCGAAAUGCUGCUAAAGAUAAUGGGCUCUAUUUUCGUGUACGCUGGUGAGGCGACAGAGGGUGGCGGACCCCGCGCGGUUGUAUUUUCGUCUGGCGGAGCCCGGCGUGAAGCCAGUUUGGUAUUUUCGCGGACUGAGGUGCACGGCGGCGAGCCGAGAUCCGCCAAGCUGGGCGUGGUGGCGUGGUAGGGGGAGGUGUCGACAGAAUCAGUGGGCGCAGUGACAUUUUCGUGCUCGCCAGUGGCGUGUAAAGUGCGCUGAAAGCUCGCGGAUUCAAACCUGGUCAGCUUUCAGCGCAGGUGGAACGCAGCUGGUCUAGAGGUAUUUUGGUAGACCGGCGGUAUCGGCAACGGCACCGAUGCCUCACCGGCAGGUUUCCACAGUGUCAGGCACAUUUCAGUGCAAUAAAUAAUCAUCAACAACUAAUAAUCUGAGUCAGCACAUACAUUUAGAUCUAUAUAGAUAUAUUCUGAUCUAUAUCUGAUCUGAUGAGCGCGUUUGGCACGCGUUUGGACACACAACCUGACCGAAUCAACACAGCUGAAACCGCAUCAAAUUAAAUUAAAUAUCUAGUAAAUAAACACACAUGAUGAAGUUAUCUAGAUAUGUAAUUCGUCUCCCUCCUUUUCUUUCUUCCUCUUAUUUCUCGCACAGCUCGACCUGGACAUGUCUCUGUGUCCUCUCUCCGUCCUGCAGCGGCUGAACAGAUGAUUUGUUUCAGUGAUCAGAUGAGUUAUUUACUUUAAGCCUACAUACGGAUUUUAUAAUAUUCAGUUUUGUUAGCCAAAUUUAUUUUAUAUGCCAACAUCUAUGGAAGAAAGAGCCAGGCCACGGAGCGCGAUGCGUCAUUUACGCACAGAUGGUUCCGAUUUUAAUGCCAUUUAUGGAGUUUAUGUUGUGAUCUGUGCGCACAACCCACCUUUGUCACGUGAGGUUUGAAUAUAUGCAACUUUAUGUGAGUGUCUUUAUUUGUGGAAAAGGGUGUUUGUCUUACCAGUGGGUCCAACAUUACACACACCAAAUCCAUCUGUGCUCAUAUGAGAGAGUGUGGAGGACGCCCAAUGCAGCGCUUACAGUGACACUUGUUGAGGAGCUGCCUUCUGUCGCCAUCUUGUGGCAUAACUGUCUUCAGACAUCUCUCGAUCUCUUUGACUACUUCACGAAAAUAGUAAUACGCCUCGCCUGUGGCGGAUUUAAAGGCAAGGAGAGGAGCUGAUGUGAUUGGUGAAAACAGAACUCGACUGUGUUAAACCUACUCCACGCCCUUUCUCCUCCCUCGCUAAGACUUACGCGGCUGGGAGGAGCUAAGUUAGGGAGGGGGGAUACUUACGCCGGGCUGCGCCGCUCACCAAAAUACCAAAUUGUGCUUGGGAACGCCUUGUCGGCGCGGCGGACCUGACUUAUGCCGCGCCUGCGGCACGUCUCCAGCGAGGCACGAAAAUAGAGCCCAAUGUGUUUAAUAGUAGAUGAUCCACAGGCACUACACAUGGAAACAAAUAAUUCUGUCUCUACACUCGAAAGAUUUUAAUGUGAAACACCAACAGAAACUCUAGAAGUUGAAAUCAUCAGACUUAACUUAAGAGCCGCUCACAGAGACAGAUUUGUUCUCAGGUAGAGCAUGUGAGUUACUAACAAGAUCAGAGCUUGCACAGUUUUUUUUAUUUAUUUUUUUGCUCUUGCAUAUAAACUGUCUUUUUGCUCGGUUUAGCCCUGACAUUUAAGCACGCUGAUAAAAAGAACACUGCUGCAAGUCAGCAAUCUUCAUUCAGCCAGCAACUUCUGAUCCAUGUGAUGCAGAUGACUGCUUUACAGUGGCCAGAGGUCUUUAUCUGCAACAGUAAUUACAUUUAUGGUGUCAAUAAAUUUACCUUCUCAUAAUAAAGUGGCUGCUGAGUGUGUAUAAACAGUGAAUUAGGUUUUGAAGGUCUCCUAUUAUGGCAUUUUUCACCAAGUUUAAAUCAAUCCCACAGGUCUCACAAUAGUAAAUUUGAAGUUUGUUUUAUAAAACAUCAGUUUAUUUGUGGAUAUCAGCCUGCCUGUACCCCCUCUUUUUUAGCUCCACUGAGAACGGGCUGAUUCUGCGCCUGUAUCUUUAAAUGAUAAUGAGCUGUGUGUAACCACGCUCUUCCUCCCCAAGGCCACUCUGAGCUGCCGGCACUGCCGCGAUGGUUCAGGAGCGGUGGUCUGGAGAUCUUCUGAGGACCUCUUCAGAGGACUUCCAGACCAUCACGGCAUGGAUCCAGGUUUUAUCUUCAGCUUCUUAGCAAAUCCUGCUUUGAACUGCCCCUCGUUGGUAAAACAGUCCGUGGUGAAAUGGUUAGCACACUCAAACAACAUUUUCGGAGUUGUUGUGGGUACAUUUCAUCAAAAAUAAAAUUAAUUCACUGACUUUGAGGGGAUCCAUAUUAUUGGUAGAAAACCACCCAGAAGUGGAUUUUUCAUAAUGGGGGACCUUUAAAAUGUGAGGUAUUCUGUUGAGAUUCAUACACAAUAUUUGUUGCUUUGUUGCACUGUCCUAACAUUAUUUUUAAAAAAAGGAUGUGCUUAUCAUAGUUACAUGUCUAUCAUAUACUAUAACAGACCACCUCUCAUUGUCCUUGUUAUUAACAGGUUUUUGGUCAUGGGAAAGCUAAUGGUGAGCCAACCUGGGCGCUGUUGCUCACAGUCGGGAUCUGUGAGAUAGGAAUCCUCAUCGGUUCUCUGGAUGCUGUGGCUCCCAUCCUCUCCAUGUAGGAAACUGUGAAAACAAACAUUUGUGAUAAAACUGUAAACCUGUUUUCUGUCUGUUUUACAUUGUUUCUCACUGAAUGCUCUGCCCUCACACAGGUUUUUCCUCAUGUGCUAUCUGUUUGUGAACCUGGCCUGUGCUGUUCAGACUUUGCUCCGAACACCCAACUGGAGACCACGCUUUAAGUUUUAUCACUGGUAAGAACACUUUAACACUAAACUCCAUGUCAAAUUAUGUCCAGUAGGCUAGCAGUCAACUUUUCAGGGCUUUAAAUAACAACAAAAGAGAGUUGUUUUUCUGCUUAUGUUGAUGUGUUUUCCGUAGGACGCUGUCUUUCUUGGGGAUGAGUCUGUGCCUUUCUCUCAUGUUCAUCUCCUCCUGGUACUACGCACUGGUUGCCAUAGUGAUAGCUGGUUGUAUCUACAAAUACAUUGAGUACAGAGGGUGAGUCUUUGUGGUCUAGUAAUCAAACUGAGAGUUCAUCAAAUGUUCUGCAAAGGCAAAAACAGCUGUUUUGUUUUGUGGAAAUUCAUAGUCUUUGCUCAAAGUUUAAUAAAAUUGUAGCUGUAAAUGUGGAGAGGAUGAGACUUAGUGCUCCUGGUUGGUUACACACCUCAGAUGAGGCUCAUAUCAGAACAUCUGGACUCUGGCCCACAUUAACCCCCCUACCUUGAAAAACCAGUCAGAUAUUAUUUCCAUCUUGCACCUGUCCUCAUCUCCUACUGACAUUUUACUGAGAUUGUAAAUGCAGCUUAGUGUGGCACUGUGGUCCAUGAUAAUUUCCACCCUUAUUUUACCACCACAGUUUUUUUUUUUUUUUUUUAUUCCUGUUUUUAUCCAUGUUUUUCCUAAGUACUUUGUACAUUUGUGCUGAUAAAAAUUCAUGACAGUUAAAUUUCCUAUUAUCAUCACUUUUGUUGUUUUUUUUAGUUGAGUGCCUCACUGUCUUGUGGCUGAUUUUGGAUGUGGUUAUGCUAUCUUCAUCUCUGGGUGAACCAUGUUCACAUCUCUUCUCUAGAGCAUUAGAGAAAAAUGUGUGACACUCUCCUGUCUGUACAUUUUGUUUGCAGAGCUGUAAAGGAAUGGGGAGAUGGGAUCAGAGGUUUGUCCUUAAACGCAGCACGCUAUGCGCUCAUCAGGCUGGAGGAGGCGCCACUGCACACUAAAAACUGGAGGUGAGCACCUUUUGUGCUUCGGUCUGAAAAUGAAGCCAAGUAAAUUUGUAGCCAAGGACAAGGACAACCCUGCUGAGCAUUUCUCUGUAUUUAUUUGAUGGCUUUGAUGACCCCUCACCCUUAAGUGCAGUAAACUGCUUAUGUCUUCAUAUAAACAUUUCUUCCUCCUCCUCCUCAGACCUCAGCUAUUAGUGUUGUGUAAACUGGACUCAGCCCUGGAGGUAAAACACCCUCGACUCCUGUCUUUCACCACGCAGCUGAAAGCAGGCAAAGGACUGACCAUUGUCUGUUCAGUGCUGGAGGGAACUUACAUGACCCGAGGGAAGGACGUCAAGACUGGAGAGCAGGUUUGAUAACACCUCCUGUAGAUGCUCUGUGUCUUCAGUCCUCUCUGUUGUCUUCAUGGCAUUGCAGGACCAGUUAAAAAAAAAAAGAAAUUGACAUAUUCCCUCAGACAGAUGCGGAGAGGUAACAUGUCUCAUGAGUUAGAAAUCAUGGAGUGUAUUUAAGAAAGGGUCUUACACACUGAAUCAGCUGUUUUUAGAGAAUACUAGAAUCCUAUUGACAUUAGAAAGGGCUGUGAACAUAUAACAAAGGACAUAAAGAGAAGCCUCUAUAAUGUUAAAGGGAAUCAUUUAUUGUUUCAUUGUUUUAUUAUUUAAUUUAAUAUUUUUUAAUGUAAUUUCAUCUGUUUUGUAUCAUUUAUUUCAUUUUAUCCAGUUUCAUCUAAAUAUCUUCUAUUUUAUUUAAUGCCUUCUUUCCUGUAAUCUUUAUACUAGUUUAUAAUAUAAAUUAUAAUUAUAAAUUAUUUACAUUUUAUUCCUGCUUAUUCCAUUCUAUUUUUGUCCUUUGUUGGCCUUUGUUGACAUAUAGAGGACAGUGGAUAAAGCAGCAAACAAGGGAGGGAGGAGAAUGACAUGCAGGGAAGGGGCCACAGGGUGGAAUUGAACCUUGUAUGUUUGCAUUUGUGGGGCACACCUAGACAGCAAAGCUAUCGGCAUCCCAAAUAUCUUUAAUUUGAUAACAUUUUAUUACAUUUACUAUCCCUUGAUAACUGCCUGUUUCUAUAACUCUUUAUCAGUCUGCUUUGACCCCUUCAAUCUGCUAUCUAACACCACACCCAGGAGUUUAACUUCCUUCAGCUGUUCAGAGAACACACCUAGUUUAACUGUGGCUUGUCUUUUCUUCUAAAUUUUGAUGCAAACACCAAACUCUUUGUUUUAAAGGACUGUCAGUUUAUUGCUUCAUGUCUAUUUCACAGCAGCUUGUACGCAGUUCUCUAUUAAAAGCUCUUAACAAGUCCCUGACCAUUCUGUCUCGGCCCCUCUUGUCUUCCUGCAGAACUUAAAAGCCGCUAUGCUUGCAGAGCGGAUGAAGGGUUUCUCUCACGUGGUGGUGUCGUCCAACCUGCGAGAUGGUUUUUCUCUGCUCAUCCAGUCUGCUGGACUCGGAGGAAUGAAACACAACGCAGUCCUAAUGGCCUGGCCUGCAGGCUGGAAACAUGCCAGGGACUCUUUAGCAAGAAGAAACUUUAUAGGUAAGGGACACAGGUGUGUGUGUUUGUGUGUGUGUGUGUGUGUGUGUAACAAAAUAGUAAUAUAUUAUUUCCUAAUACCAUCCAUCCAUCCUUCUUCUACCGCUUAUCCGGAGUCGGGUCAUGGGGGCAAGAAAGCCUAGACUUCCAUCUCCCAGGCUAUUCUGACCGGCAGCCUCCCCUACCAUCAGAGCCAACUCACCACCAGGUGGUGAUCAGUCGACAGCCACGACCCUCUUGUCACCCGAGUGUCAAAGACGUGUGUUGGCAAGUCCGACUACACAACCACAAAGUCAACAAGUCUGAGAGUUGAUCAUCGAACUGUGACCUUGGGUGUCCUGGUGCCAAGAGCACAUGUGGACACCCUUACGUCUGAACAUGGUGUUCAUUAUGGACAAUCUGUGACGAGCACAAAAAUCCAAUAACAAAGCACUGCUCAGAUUCAGAUCAGGGGGCCCGUUCUCUCAGUCACACCCUUCUAGGUCUCACUGUCAUUGCCAACAUAGGCACUGAAUUCCCCCAGCAGGGAAACCCCCGAGGGAGCACUAUCCAGCUUCUAAGGACUCCAAAAAAGUUGGAUACUCUGAGCUGCUGUUUGGAGCAUAGGCACAAACAGCAGUCAGGAUCCGUCCCCCUACCCAACCCUUUUGUCUACUGGGGUAAACCCAAAAUACAGGCACCGAGUUGGGGAGCAAUAAGUAUUGCUAUCCUUGCCUGGUGGCUCUCACCAGUGGCAAGUCCAUUGUGGAAAAAAGUCUCUUGAGAGGACUGGUUCCGGAGCUGAAUUAAUCUGAGUCCAACCUUCUAGAACCUCUCCGCCUCGUGCACCAGCUCAGGAUCCUUCCCAGCCAGAGAGAUGACAUUCCACAUCCCUAGAUCUAGCUUCUGCAGCCGAGGAUCGACUGCUAAGACCCCUGCCUUUCAUUAUUGACCAACUCCCACUGCACCCCACCCCUCUGGUCCCUUUCACAGGUGAGCCCAUGGGAAGGGGGUCCCACAUUGCCUCUUUGAGCUAUGCACAGCCAGGCCCCAGGGGUGCAGGCCUGACCACCAGGUGUUUGCCAACAAGCCCAACCCCAGUAGAGUGUGACCUGGGUCUGAGGGAAACUUGGUGCCAAUUAUUUUAUUCACCAUAAAGUAUUUUUUUAGAUUUAUGCUUUGUCUGGCUCCUCCCCCAUGACCUGCUUGCCUUAGGUGACCCUACCAGGGGCAUAACCCCCUGGCAAAUGAGGUUAUGGAUCAUUAGGACACACAAACCUCUCCACCAUGACAAGGUGGUGGCUCAAGGAAGGCUAAUUACCUCAUACAGUUUAUGUAAAAAUGUGAUACUUCUAUAAAAACUUUUUCUCAAAUUCUGUCCCUUCAUUUUUGAAAAUGAGUCACAUUUUCUAGUUGUCUUUUUUGUCUUAUCCCAGUGAAAAAUUCAUAGAUUGUUUUUUUUUCUUUUCUCAGACUUAGACAAGCUCAUAUGAGGAAGUUUUUCAUUUGUUUUAAAUUUAGUGUUCCCUGUGGACCUCUUAUCUCUUUACUGAUUUUGUCUACUCAAAAAAGUCAAAUGAAAAUUUUGUCUUCUCCUAUCACUUUGGCAGAGACAGUGAGAGAGACCACAGCAGCUCAUCAGGCUUUAUUGGUUGCUAAAAACAUUGACAGUUUUCCCAGUAACCUGGAGCGUCUGGAGGAGGGAAAUAUUGAUGUUUGGUGGAUUGUUCAUGACGGGGGACUGCUCAUGCUGCUCCCCUUUCUGCUCAGUCAGCACAAGGUUUGUAUGCUGCCCUUCAAAAAAAAAAAACAAGAAGUACAAAAUGCACAGAAUAAUUUGGAUAUAAACAGUAUCAUUCUUUACUGAAAAACUUUACCUUAUAAUCUUAUUUUAUAUGAUAUAUAGUUAAAUAUUUUCUUGCUGCUUAUUAAGAUCAACAUUUUGGCCACACUUUACUUGACGCCUUUCUCAAUAACGCAUUAUAAAUAUAUAUCAUGCAUUAUAAUCACGUUAUAGCACUGUAUAAGUAUUUGUAUAAACACUCAUAAAUGAUCAAAAUGCUUCUUAUAACUGUUAACAACUCACUGACAAUGCCCACAUAGAUAAUGCAUUAUACAUAUAUCUAUGAUGUGUUAUAAUUUGGUAAUAAACUUGUAUAACUAUCAUUAUAAACACUCAUAAAUGAUCAUAAUGCUUUAAAGCCAUAAUCAUAACAUGUUAUAAAGCAUUUUAACACGACUUUAAAGGUCAGGUAUUAUAAUGUGUUAUGCUUAUUGUUAUAAAUGGAUGGAGCUGUGAACAAACUUUAAAAUUAAAUGCAUGUCAUAUAUUUUUCUCAGCCCUGGUUGUGAUGUUGAAAUGUAGUUAUUAGACUGAUUUGUGCUCAAGUCCUCUUUUUUCUGAGCAAAUGCAGAUUUCAGGCAAUGGAGACAAUUCCUUGAAAUACCAGAAGCUUUUUGGCUUUAAAUUCAUACACUGAUGGGAGGCAACGUCAUGUUGUCCAAUCCACAAACAGUCUGUAGUUUUAAUUUAUAUAUAUAUUUUUUUGUCCAUUUUUUUUUUUUUUUUAGCAUUACAGCAGUACUGGUAUUUUGAGCACUACACAAACGCCCUCUGCUGGGCAGAGUUGAGGGACGUGCCACAUAUUGUGCUGAAUUGUAAUCAACCAGCCAAACAACAUCAGACUUUUCUAGUCCUCUUGACAAAAGAGAACCUGAAAUAUAAAUGUCCAACCCUAUUGUGAUGAUAUGGAUCAGCACUGGAGUAAUUAUAGCUCACAGUAAUUGGCUUAGCUAGUUAGAAGGGUGGUACAGCAUUAAUCCUUAUGGUUUGAUAAAAGUAUUCCACAUUCAUCUAAAACUAUUGCUUUCUGUGUUCAUAUAUUUGUUUUUUCCUAAUAUUUAAGGUGGCUGUAAGAGAACUUAGAGAGACACCAAGUUUAUAACUUGCGCACACUGGAUUAGUACGAUUGUCAGAAUUUCCAUGCAGAGAAAUAGAUUAAUUUCUGAGUACCUCUCUUUUUGCUCACAGCUGAUACUGACACAUCUAUGUCCCUCUGCAGGUGUGGAGGAAGUGUAAGAUGAGAAUCUUCACCGUGGCCCAAAUGGAUGACAACUCCAUCCAGAUGAAGAAGGACCUCCAGAGGUUCCUCUACCAUCUGCGUCUGGAUGCACAGGUUGAGGUGGUGGAGAUGGUGAGGAUUACUCCAACUCAGUCAGUCAUUUUUGAGUUUCAAUGAUUGUUUUUCUUUAUCAUGAGGGUGAUCCAGGUGGUAGUACAGAUAAUACAACCCUAAAGCUUCUCUUUAAAUUUUAAACUGCCAUCAUUAGCCUGCUUUUCUUUGUAGCAGCAUUUAAAAAUGUUUGUCUGUCCCGCAGCAUGACAGCGACAUCUCAGCCUUCACGUACGAGAGGACACUAAGAAUGGAGCAAAGGACCAAGAUGUUAAAACAGAUGCAGCUGUCCCGCACUGAGAGAGAAAGAGAGGUACUGUCACACCUAGACCAAUAGACUAACAAAAUCAUGCACACUGAAUCAAACAGGUAAGCUUCAAGUACAUUACAGAAUACAUGACAGAAACAACGCACAGUACAAUGUCAUAAUAUGUUAGGUUCACUCAAAAUAAAGUGGUGCAUAUUAAUAUCAACAUUUUUAAAAAACUAAAUAUUUUCCCUGUAAUGUGAUUCAAAAGAAUAAAACACAAAACAAAUUCCGUAUUCUUCACUGACAAAGUGAAAUAUUUCAAUUUUUUUUUCUUUGGUUGAAUCUUGAUGAUUACAGCUCAUAAAAAUCCACUUAACACAUUAGAAUAAUGAGGAAAAGUCCAGUUAUUGUCGGGUAUUUCAGUCCUGAAUAGAGCUCUAAUCAGCUAAUAAACUCUGAACACCUGCAAAGGUUUACUGAGCCUUUUUCUCUCACUCUGGUUCAGUACACACAGCUAUAAUCAUUGAGAAGACUGCAUCAUUUUCCAGACAUUCAACAUUUCUGCAUUAUAAAUCUUUUGUGGUAUUUUAUGUUAGUGAAUUUUUGUGGGUUUGACGUUAUAAUCAUCAAGACUUAAAUAAACUAUUCUUGCUAUAUUUCAUGCUGUCUGUGAUGAAUUAUUAAGAAAGUUUCACUUUGUGAGUUAAAUUGUGGGAAAAUAUGUGCUUUUCAUGAUAUCCUAAUUUUUUCGAGCUGAAUCUGUAAAUGGAGCACAUGUACAGGUACAUUUUGUCAUUCUGCCUUAAAUUACAAAAGUCAGCAUGUAGGAGUAGAUUUUCUUUUAAACUACAGUGACUAUUAGACUUGUGAAUUAUAUUUGCAUGUGCUGUCAACAACACUGCAAAACACAACAGCAUUGCAAUCUUUGUAAACUUUUUAAAACAUCUAAACUUGAAUAAAGCUCUGUGAAAACCUUCAGAGCUCUGACACAUUUAUAAAAGACAAAAAUGUAGUUCCCUUACUAUAACAAAUACUAAGCCAAAUAUGGCACAGAAAAUAUCCCGGCUGCUUUCCUCAAUCCAGAGAAAAAGGUGGAGCUUAGCCCCCUUUUCAACCUCUCUUGACCUUUAAACUCUUCUUCUUCCAAUCUUGCUUUGUGACUGGACAAUGGGUCCAGAUUCAGAGCAUCACAGAUGUGUCACGUGGUUCCAUAAAGAGGAAGAAGUCAUCUGCCCCUUCCCUUGACACCCCAAGCAUACCAGAGGAAGAGGUAGCCACGGCAACCAAACAGCCUGUAGUCACCAACUAUGAUGUCAUUCGGUCUCUCUGUAUUUCUCAUGCAACCAUUCAUGCAUCUUCAUUCAUUCAUAACUUCAGCAUGGCCUCAGACUCAGCUGUAAACAAGAUGCUUCAUUCACUGCAGAGGGACCAGAAGCUGCCACUAGAGGGAGACAAAUUCUUCCCUGAUCUUAAAAGAGAAGCUGCUAACGGAUUACUAACAAUAACCUCAACCCAAAAUUUACCCUCCUGCGUGAAACGGUACUGAUUAGUAUUGGAAAGUCUGUCAUCUCCAUGAGGCCGGAGCCUACUUUCAUCAAAUGUCCUGAAACAGAGUGGAAACCACGAAGGGAAGAAACUGUUUUAAACCCUGAUUCAAAGAAUGUUAAAGGGCUUUUGCUGGCAGGGGUGUUUCCAACAGGACAGCUUAGGGUGGCAUGGGCCCCACAUUUGGUUGGCCACCACAAGUGCCAUACCUUAAUCCUAGUUUGUGAUAAGAUAUUUGAUGGUUACAAAAAGUGUUUAUGGUUAACCAACUUUUAGGGAGACCUGACAUACUAGAGCUCAGAGGUGGAUAAUGGUUACAAAUAACUUGAUGAUUUGAUGCUCAUGCUGUGUUUAAUCCAACAACAUUCAAUAAGACAUCUUAAGUUAAAAUCUAAUGAUUUAUGUUUUUGAGGCCCUAUAAUUAGCUUACAACCAGAAGUCAAAAAAAAAAAAAAAUUAAGAUGACAUGGCCAGAGCUUACACUUCUCUGUGUCUUUUAAUAAGAUCAUAUAAACAACACUGAUUGUUUACUGUCCAGUGUUAGAGAUGUCGUGUGUUUGUAUUUUCUUCUUCUGCAUAGUUCAUCAUCAUAAUCACCUGACCUCCCUAAAACACGCCCACUACAUCUUAGGCUUUCCUCUUUUUUUAUAUCAUCUUCUCAUAACAGCACAUCCAUCAUGAAUAAUACAUUUUCAACAUUGCUGGUGUCUGUGAUUUUUCCCUGUGAUCAAUAUUUUUUGUUAAAUUAAAUUUAAAUCCAGAAAAUCAAGAUACAAAUGUUCUUGCUUUGUCACUUUAUGAUCUGUCCCUGUUCAGGCCCAGCUGAUCCACGACAGAAACACAGCGUCUCACUCAGCAAAUGAAAAAGCUGCCGGGGCCCCACCUGAACGAGUCCAAAUGACCUGGACAAAAACCAAACUCAACAAUGAGAAGAACAGACAGAGAGAGAGCAUGGGUGUAAAAGACAUCUUCAAUAUGAAACCGUAAGUAGAUCUUCAUUUACAGAUUCAUAUCUCAUUCAUUCAUAUUCUUAUUGUGAACACUGAGGAAAAUAGUAUGCUGUCACUUCAAGUUGUAUUGGUGUUUUAUUACUAGCAGUUUUUUUAUUUCAUAUUUUUAGGUAUUUUUUGUAAUUAUCAUCACAGAAAACUUAAUCUGAAAGUGGUACGAAUAAAAAAAGGCUUUUGGUUACCAAUGGGCUGUGAUCAGCUACAGAAAAACUUACUGUUAGAGAAUUUGGUGUCUUAAAGGCCAUAUCCCAAAGUGACUUGUUUUAAGAGCUGUCAUUAAGGGUGUGUAUCAGAUACCAACUACAACACUGUAAUAUCUAAAUUGUUGUUUUAGGGAAAAGUAACAAAGGCUAAUUCCUCAGCAUACCCUCUCGCUUACAGCUGUCACAUAUAUUAAAAAAUUACAGAACAGAAUGUGUCCAUCCUGUUGUCCAUGUUCUCAUGUGCUUUGUAGAUCUUAGAAUAACAUUCCUGGUCAUUUCAGUCCGUUUCAUAAGCAAUCAAAAACUCCUUAUAGGAGCUUUAACUAGUGGUCAACUGGCAUCUAAUUUUUAAAGGUCAUUACCAGUAAUGACAUUAAGAGAGCAGGUCACUCUGAUUUUACAUUAGCUUAGUUGUAUUGUAUUUUUUUUUUGUAUUGAGAAAAGUACACCAAUUUAGUAUUACCAACAAAUUGAAAAAAAAAAAAAUUCUGAAUGACAUUUUAUUAGAUAAAUGUAGACAGAAAAUAAUUGUACAUUAAUAAAAUAGAUUAUUGCCAAAAGGGACUUUGGAUUGUUUUCCAGUCACCUGAAAUUCCCCCCAGAGACAAAAAAAUCAAGGUAAAAAUUGGAGGAUUAUACAAAAAAUGAUAUAAAGUUCUUUGUAAAUCUGCUCAUCCAGUAACAUUACCAACAAAUAUCCAUGGUAAUCUAGGUGAUUGACCUUCUUCAAAUGGUUUUUUUGUUGAUUGGUGAAAAACAAUUAUAUUGGGUUAGGCUACAGAUUUCAGAUCUUAUCUAUUUCAGAAGCAACACAAAACUGCUUUUUUUCUGUAUCUCAUACUAGAAGGAAAUUUUAUAUGCAGUCAUUCAUUAUAAGAAAAAAAUGUGUUUUUAUUUAGAGGCGGUGAUGGAAAUGUUAUCUACUCAUUCUAUCUCUACUAUUACCAAAUCAAGAUAGUUUAAUACAUUUAUUUUUCUGUUUGUGUUUUAUGUUUUUUUUUUUUUUCAAGGGUACAAAAUUUGAUUAUUUUAACCAGCAAAUUUCGUAAAAAUCAAGAUAUUAUUGUCAGUGUUGCACACCUGCAGCUUAACCAUAAACAGGAAUUAAACUUGGAUAUUUGCACAUGUUAGUAUUGUUUGUUGGUAUUGGAGAGCUCAUUUUCCAGGAUCCUAACUCCUUUUGUAUACAGUGAAGAAGAAGAUGAGACAGAACUGCCUGAAUAUUUCUUGACUGUUUCAAUAAUGAGCAGAUAAACUCAGAGAAGGGAGACUUUCUUUGACAUUGCUUUAACGUUGGAUACAUUUUUUUCUCCAUUCCUCUAGUGAGUGGGAGAGUCUGUAAGUUGCUUUUAUUUAUUGUUUGCAUUUGCAUGAACGCCCGCUCCAGCAUCUCUCUGUUGCAUGCUUCUGUGGAUCACAUGGUCAGUUUGCAUGAGUGCAUGAUCACAACUAUUGGAGCUGUAUGUGCAUUUGAGCUGCAUUCGCCGCUAAGAUCAUCAGAUUCCCUGAUCAUGCUGCCUGUGCUUCCUGUAGAUCGAUGACUUUGGAAAACAUCUGUGUCUGAUAAAUGUCAACUGAUUAUAACCAAUGUUCUGUGGCUUAAUAUAGUAGCCAGUCCAAUGUGCGGAGGAUGCACACAGCUGUGAAGCUGAAUGAAGUGGUGGUCAAGAAUUCCCAUGAUUCACAGCUAGUCCUGCUCAACAUGCCAGGUCCACCCAGGAACAAGAAAGGACAUGAGAACUGUAUCCUUUUUCAGCUAAUAAAUCAUUGUUUCAAUGAGUAAGAUUUACAGUUAGUGAGUCAGUCAUUAGAGUCCAUCAUUUAAGGAAACAGCCUCAAUCACUUUCUGACUAAGAGAGAGGGGAGAAAAUCAGCUGUACUCUAUUGUCUUGAUACAAAACAUCAACCAGCUGACCUCAGUCAGUGAGCUGAACCUGAUACAAAAACUCAAGAUGUGUCAGAAUUGACUGUCAGUGUCCUUCAAUGCUCAAAGUAGACUGAGACCGUGUACACACGUAGCUGGGUAUUUGCUAAAACAUAUAUUUUUGUAAGCCAUCCAUACGAAACCACAGGAUUACAUCAUUAAAAACGAUGCUUUUCUAAUAAGAAUCUUUUCUUAUAUAAUAAAACUUUUCUAAAAACAUUUUAUUUUUAAAUUCCCAAACGCCAUUGCCCCGCGACAACUAAUAGAUAAAUUUCAUAUACUAUGCGCCCUUGUUUAUGUCAGGCAGUGGACAGCACAGAUACAUACAGAAUAUAUAUUUUUGUGAGGAGCAAAGGAGAAGGAGUGCUUUGCAGUCAGUUAGACAUCAAAUAACCCUUCCUCCAUCUUUCUUGUGUUUUGUUGACUUCAUACUCCAAAACGAUGCUUACAAGCCAUUCCACUUCUUUGUCGGUCCGCACAAACAAACUACACGGCGCUAUGUUUCAUGUUUGGAGAAGUGUCAACGAGAAAGGGAAGCUUGCUCUAAUUGCAUAGAAUGGAUCUAACUUUUUGGCAAAUACUACCAACUCCAAGUCUGACAUGCUUAUAACCGCAGUCAAAAGCACAUUCACGGGGUUUUGUGUGGAUGGGGUUUUAUUUGAAAACGAUAAUGUGUGUACAUGACUUUUUUUUUAAACAGAGGGGGUUGGAUAUUCGUUUAUAAAUAUACAUGGCUACAUGUGUACAAGGCCUGAGACUUUUCUGGAGGGUUUAUACAUUCCACCUGGCCAAAGAACAUUGCAGGGGAAGAGUAGUGAUGGGAAGAUGGGAAGAUCAGUCAGUGCUUCGGAGCCCCAUCCUGCCGGUGCAGUACACAAGUGAGUGACACAGCCACAAGCUCAUUCAUUGAACAAGCCCCUCCCCUCCCCUGCUGCUGAAGUCACAGCAUCGUUCACUGGGUGACACGUCAUUUUUUGCCAAGUCCUGAAGGAAGAAUCACUCCUCUGCCCUGAAAAACUCAGCUCUCUGUAUGUUGCCUUCUGCGAAAAUAACACAGCAGCAAGCAGCACACCCGCAAAACAUCGCUGUUGUAGUGGGAUUCUACUACUUUUAAAUAUAUCAAAUCGCGUAUUGCUUUAAAUCGGCUAAAAUUAAAUCCUUCUUGCAGGAAAGUUUAUACACGUGUAUUAAUGUAAAGGCACUAAAAUGCACUGUUUUAUCUUAGCCUCAGUGAAUAAACCGGUGUUCAGCAGUAAGUGAACGACACAACACCCCCCUCCCUCCUCUGCCUGUACCAAGUAAUUCGGAAGUAGUCUGUUUCAUUCAGCAUGCCGUUCACUGACUGACUGAAUCAUUCCGUUCACUUACUGAUACAUGUCAUUGACAGACUGACGUUUCGUUCACUGAUGAUACAUAUCAUUCAUUCGCUGUGAGUGAAUCGUAAGAAUCCGCCUGCCCGCCAGCUGGCUGGCUGGCUGUGUGUCGUUCACCAAAGAGUCAAAGGCGGCAGUUUCACUCCCAACCAGCAUGCCAGGCUCGCGGCUGAGCUCAACUGAACUGAAAAAGGAAUGAAUCAGGUCUCGGAGUGAUUCAGUUCACGUUGUUCACUCAGCAGUUCCCUACUUUUGAACAAAACGUUUAUGAACAACACAGCACUAGGGAAGAGGGAUGCCUGGGUGGAAGGUGGACUUCUUGGACCGCCACCCUUGUUACCCUGAUGGAUUGAUUGUCAGGGAUACUGGGAGGUAUUCAAUACUUACUCAAAUAGUAACCCCUUCUGCUCACACAGACACAAGGACAGAGAUAGCCAUGGUUGUGCUGAGUCAUUGUUGAUAUGCUAGUUAGCAUUAAUGUUGCCAAAUAAGCCUCUGUAUACGAGUUAUCAAAGGGAUGUGAACACUUAAUAUAAACAAUAAACUUUGUGACCUUAACCGGGGUGUUUCUGUCAGACAUGGAAUUCCUUGAAGUCCUAAUGGAUGGUCUAAACCGUGUCCUCUUGGUUCGUGGAGGUGGUCGGGAGGUCAUUACCAUCUACUCCUAGCACCAGAGGGUUCUACGUUAUUUACAAGUGGACAGGAGGGGAAUAUUUUAUGACUGCAGGACCUGAACAGAAGGGGAGGACAUGGCUUUUUAAAGGACUCUGAUAAGGCUGUGGAAAAGAGCAAGUGAUGUAAACUCGUCUUUCACUCCCAAGAGAAGAAUAUUAACAGGGUAUUAGGAGGAUCAUGUUGGACUGGAGGGACAGCAGGGUUCACCCACAGCCUGGCCUAAGUCUGGUGCACCUUGUCUGAGGCCAGAGGAUCCUUAGCCACAGCACCUGACCUUGGCCACAUCUUAACACUGCAG